GCCACUUCCUGGAUACGGGCUGACAGAGGACGAACCCGGAAGCGGCGGAGACAGACUGACAGACCGCGAGCCGCUCGGUGCGAGCUGACAGCCCGGGCUCGGUACCGGCCAGACGGAGGAUAGUCCGAGUGGGUGGAGCCGGGUCACCGGAGUGAGGAGACCGCGGGAGAGAGAGAGACAGCCAGAGAGAGAGAGACAGCCAGAGAGAGAGAGACAGCCAGAGAGACAGCCUCACAGGCCACGUCACCAGGGACUCCAUAACACCCAGUCACCCAGCCUGGGGAGAGAGAGAGAGAGAGAGACAGCGAGAGAGAGACAGCGAGAGAGAGACAGCCUGGGGAGAGACAGACAGACAGGCCACGUCACCAGGGACUCCAUAACACCCAGCCUGGGGAGAGAGAGAGACAGCGAGGGAGAGAGAGAGAGAGAGAGACAGACAUCCUCACAGGCCACGUCACCAAGGACUCCAUCUCCAUAACACUCAGUCACCCAGCCUGGGGCUACAGCAAGAGAGAGAGAGAGACAGCCUGGGGCCAAACACAGAGGGACAGCCAGAGAGAGACAGCCUGGGGCCACAGAGACAGCUAGAGAGAGACACAGACAGCCUGGGGCCACAGAGACAGCUAGAGAGAGACACAGACAGCCUGGGGCCACAGAGACAGCUAGAGAGAGACACAGACAGCCUGGGGCCACAGAGACAGCUAGAGAGAGACACAGACAGCCUGGGGCCACAGAGACAGCCAGAGAGAGACACAGACAGCCUGGGGCCACAGAGACAGCCAGAGAGAGACACAGACAGCCUGGGGCCACAGAGACAGCUAGAGAGAGACACAGACAGCCUGGGGCCAGAGAGAGAGACCGCCUGGGACCACACACAGAGAGACUGCCAGAGAGAGACAGCUAGAGAGAGAGAGAGACUGCCAGAGAGAGAGAGCCUGGGGCCACACAGAGACUGCCAGAGAGACAGCCUGAGAGAGAGAGACACUGCCAGAAACCACCACAGAGACCGCCUGGGACCACAGACACUGCCACAGAGACAGCCUGGGACCACAGAGACAGCCUGGGACCACAGACACUGCCACAGUGACAACCUGGGACCACAGACACUACCAGAAACCACCACAGAGACAGCCUUGGACCAGAGAGACCGCAACAGUGACAGCCCGGGAUCACAGAGAGUUAAUGCACUGGGAGCUGGGAAACUGCCACAGUGACAGCCUGAAAGCUGGGGCACUGUAUCUCCUAUACUGGCAGUUUGGGACUUAAACAGGGAGAGUGAAAAUUUUAGGACCUUGCACCCCUCCUCCCUAAUAACAGUCACUUAUUGAUCACAAUAAGGUCUUCAGAAAUAUUCAGGGGCAGAUGCUCACAUUUUACUUGAGACCUGAGGCAGUUAUUCUAGAGGACUCUUUCACUUCCAAUACUGGACUGAAACUGAAAAAAAUCAUUCUGGGUGGACAUGGUCAUAUUCUAAAUCAGUGAUUAAUUACCUGCACAUUUAAUAUUGUGGGGUGAAUUAUAUUCUCUUGGUGUAUGGGUUACGCAUAUACAAUGGAAGUUCUUAUUACAAACUGUGGCUUAAUGCCCAGAAGAGUUAUACGGUAGCUGACUUAACUUCUAUUGCGUUUGGACCAUUUUUAAUUUUUUUUAUUCAAUCAACGUUCAGUACAAUUUGAUAUCGAAUCUCAGGUUUUCAGUCCUGCCAUCCUCAUCCUCGUUGAAACAAAUUUGAUGAUUCCAAGAACUCUCUAAAAUUUUCAAAUGCUAUUAAUCCUACUUUUGUGAUUAGCAUUUUCUAUAUUUUGAUAUCCGUCCAGUCUGUUUUUUUUGUUAAAAGCUCAACUUUUCUAUUUUUAUUUACACAUUUUUCUAAUUUCUCUACAGAGCAAGCUAUUUUUGUACAUUUUAUAUGGUUUUGUCUUGCGUUUAGAAAACGAUAUACAUAUUUAUUUUAAAACAAUUUGUUGGCUUUGAGAAUCGCAAACAUGGCUGCUUCUAACUGGGGCCUUAUCAUGAAUAUAGUGAACAGCAUUGUGGGAGUCAGUGUGUUGACUAUGCCAUUCUGUUUUAAGCAGGUGAGUCUCUUUCACUGUGUCAUUGGUGACAAAGAUGUAAAUUAUUGGUGUACUAGGCUUGUAAGAUCAGAGAGAAUGUAUGCCUAGUCAAAGGGGCACUCUAAUCAACAUAACCACUACAGCAUUUAUUUUAUUUGUAUUAUUAUUUUUAGUUAUAUCAUGCAUUAAAGUAACAGGGAUUUAUUUGUACACAACAGUUUCCCUUUAACAAUUGAUGCUGGCUAAUUUGGUUAUUGGCAUAUAAAAUGGAAGCUAACCUGUCUGUUCCUACUUCCUGCAGUGUGGAAUUCUACUGGGAACACUUUUACUUAUGCUAUGUUCAUGGAUGACUCACCAGUCCUGCAUGUUCCUGGUGAAAACAGCAAGUGUUACUAAACGUCGGACAUACGCUGGUCUUGGUGAGAAACACAGUCUUGUUACCCUUGAAACACUAGCCUAAAACUAUUGGGGUUGGGGGUUACUAGAGACCAUUGAGUGAGCAUGUGUGCUGUGUGGCCGUCACAUUCAAAAUGACUGAGUGAGUAGAGCAAUGAAUCUGCAUCAAAUUUUGCGUUUAUGCUUGAGCAUUCCUCCGCGAAAACUUCGGAUGAUUCAGAAGGCUUUCGGGGACGAUGCAAUGAGUGCAGAUAAAAUCACCCAAGUGGCUUAAAGGGAUCCUAUAGUGCCAGGAAAACAAACCUGUUUUCCAGGCAAUAUAGGUUCCUGGAGUUAAAACCCCUUCAGCCACUUACCUGAAUCCAGCGCCGAUGUCCCUCGGCGCUGGGACAGGCUCCACCCACAGUCCUCCCCUGCAGCCGGCGGGGAGACCUAAUGCGCAUGCGCAUUAGACCUCCCUAUAGGAAUGCAUUAUUUAAUGCUUUCCUAUGGGGAAAAAUUUGAAAAUAUGAUGCUGAAGGUUCUCAUGCAAAGCAGUAUUUUUUGUUGUUUUUGAUGCACUAAGGUCUGCCUGCUAUUUACAUAUCAUGUUACAAUUUUUAACAAAAGAUACACUACUUAUGAACUAACUCUUUUAUAUAUUAUGGAUGACAGUGAGUGUGGCCCUUUUGGAGCAAGGUGGUGAGGUCCUAAGGGGACUUAGGCAUCAAUGUCCUAUGUACAAUUGUUCUUGUAUCUUGACUUUCUCUAUCAUAUUAAAUAGCUGUAUACUUUCCGGACAUACAUUGUAUUUAUAAUCAGUAUUGCUUCAGACCUGAGGAAGAGCGGAAAACUCUUGAAACUUGUGUUUUAAGUUUUUAUUUCAAUAGAAUAGAUAAUAAUCUAUCAUCAAUCACUGCUGUUAUAAGCUCACUGUUACACAGCUGUGACCGUACCUGGCUGUACACAUACCUGCAUGGAACUUAACAUACUCUGCAAAUCCCUACCUCCUCUGACUGGAGGUCUAUGAAGAAGCCAGUGCACCAGUCUCUUUUGUAGCUCCAUUCAUUGAAAAGCAUGAAUAACAGAUCAGCUUGGACUGCAGUUUCAUGUGUCUGUGCAUUAAUGAAACUCCUGGCAGGGUUGAAUAUCAAGUACUAUAAGCACCUACCUGAGUUCAGUGUGGAACACAGCCUGCAAGCUACGUGAACCCAUAUUAUUUAAUAACAUCCUUGACCGUUGUUUAAUUUUAUAUCCAAUGAGUUGUAUAUGGAACCUUGUAAAUUGAACCAAAACAGUGUUUCUAUCACUGUCCAAAUAAUUAUGGUCUGCACUGUGUGUAUAUGGUUACGGCAAUGAAAAUAACUAAUAAUUGUAUAUGUGUAUUUUCAUUUUAGCAAUUUCAUAUUUAAAGCAUCUGCUCUAUAAAGUGCAACUGUCUCAUAUUUGCAUGGAUGGGGGGAUUUGAUCAGUAAUGGCUAACCUGAAGGCUGGCUGAGCAUCAUGGUUAAUGCAAUUCAUAAACAUUUUGUGUCAGCCAUUACUGCUUUGGAGUUUGUACAGAUCUGAUAAAUUUGUGAUUUUUAAACACCUUCCACCCCCAGCCGGCUAUAAAUUCCUGUAAUCAUGACACCGGUCCAACAAUAACUUAUUUUUGUUUUGUUUUGUUUUUUAAUUCAUUUCUGUAACAUGACAUUCACCCUGGUACUGGCAGUGUCUGGCUGUGGAAGGGUGAGAAUUUGCACAGCUGCGAGUGGAUCACCUCCAGCGCAUGAUCUCACAUCUGUCACAGUAUUUUUCCUUUUACAUACACAAAGUCUUACGUGACCUGCUGUGUAUGAUUGUCUUAAAACUGCUUUUGUUGUACAGAUUAUACAUUUCACAGUUGUUCAGUCUGUAAAUCAGGGCGGUAAAUCCCAAAAUACUGUGACUUUCCACCGGCUCCCUGAUUAUUUGAAAUGUAAGACAAAAAGCUGGUUAUGGUGAUUAAAAAAACCAAAAACACUCACCUUGCUCCCACAAACCGCCACAAACAAACCUGUAUAAAUGUCUAAAUCUGAUUUUAACACAGAAGGAAUUCAUACCAUUCUAAAGCUGUUCUUUACCAUUUGUAAAACCAACAAAGCAUCAUGCAAAUGCUGCAUUACGACCCUGAUAAACACUCACAAUGUGGAGGGAGAUAACACUUUUCAAUAAAAUGCUCAUUCGAUUGAUACAUUUGCUAGCAUCUUCAGACCUGAAACUGCCAAUAUUUACUCCCACUGUUGUUGACCACUCCUCCCACAGUACUCUACCUGUCAGCUGGCUGUGUUUCAUAGGAGUAGCAGCCCAGCAACUGGGGGAGUGCAGUAGUCAUAUUAAACACAGUUGAAUGUGUGUUUAUUUCACAUUUGAAAAGUUGACUGACACACGUCCCUGUAUCUCAAUGGUUUAUUUUAGGGCGUAAUUCUCCUGCACCUAUUAGUUUGGAAUGGGAUUGAUGCUAAAACAUCUUGAAUCUUGCUGGUGCUAGGAAACUUAAAUAUAAUAAAUUGCUAUUUGCCAGUUAUAACUUUUGUUGCAUAUUACAUCAACUCGAACGAACUGUGAGGUAAGCAAAAAUAAAACAAACCUACCCAGCUCCAUUUUCACAUGGGCUCUUGAUAAUCCCUUAUCAUUCUCUUUCUUAGUUAUAACCAAGCUAUGUGCAGAUGUGACAUGUGCCUUUACUGGAUCAUCUAACACCCGGUCAUGGUGGGGGGAAAAAAGUACAUCCUCUCGGAGUUCUAUGGUUUUACAUAUCAGGACAUAACAAUCAUCUGUUCCUUAGCAGGUCUUAAAAUUGGGUAAAUACAACCUCCGGUGAACAACAACACAUGAUAUAUUACUGUGCCAUGAUUUAUUAAUUAAAGGGACACUAUAGUCACCAGAACAACUACAGCUUAUUGAAUUUGUUCUGGUGAGUAGAAUCAUUACCUUCAGGCUUUUUGCUGUAAACACUGUCUUUUCAGAGAAAAUGCAGUGUUUACAUUACAGCCUAGUGAUAACUUCACUGGCCACGCCUCAGAUAGUUGUUAGAGAUCCUUCCUGGGUCAUGGCUGCCUAAAAUGCAUCCAAACAUUCAGUAUCUCCUCCCUCUGCAUGCAGACAUUGAACUUUCGUCAUAGAGAUUCAUUGAUUCAAUUCAUCUCUAUGAGGAGAUACUGAUUGGCCAGGGCUGUGUUUGAAUUGUGCUGGCUCUGCCCCUGAUCUGCCUCUUUGUCAGUCUCAGCCAAUCCUAUGGGGAAGCAUUGUGAUUGGAUUAGGCUACCACUUCUGAUGAUGUCAGCAGACCGCUUGUUUUUCUGAGACAAACAGCAUGCAGAGUUACAGCUUCAGGCUUGAAUACAAGUAAGAUUUUACUAUUUUUAGGGAGGCAUGAGGGGGACAGGGUGGCUGGAUUGUGGUUUUAACCUAUAGGGCAGGAGUAGGCAACCUUUUAGCCGCACUGUGGCAAUAAAGGAUUGUGAUGUCCUGUUGCGUGCCGGUCCUUUUUUUUUUAAUUUUAUUUUUUUAAUGGAGGUGUGUAUGCUGCCGUAUUCUGCUUGUGUUAUUUUUACUGUAAUUGCUUCGUAUCGUUGUAUUUGUGCAUAUAGGCAGGGCUGUCCUUAAUAGUGACUGGACCCUGGGAAAGCAUUUGCUUGGGGCCCCCUGAACCCUGUCCCCCCUCCCCAGGCAUGCAAUCACGUCCUCCACCUCAACGCAGUGGCGGACCUAAAGUAGAGAGGUGCAAGAAUUUUUGGGGGUCUCCCUGUUGCACGGGUGAUUAAAAACUGACACACACAGACCAUGCUGACACACACAGACAUACUGACACACAAAGACCUACUGACACACACAGAUGACACACACACUGACAGACAUACAUUUUAAAACCCACUCUCCAGUUUCCUACCUUUCCUGCUGGUGGCUGAAGGUUUUGGGAGUUGGGGUCUAGCGCUCGCGGCCAGCCCCCCUCCAAUCUGCUUACUCUCCUUUCCCGCGUGCUCCUCUCUUUGUGGGAGGAAAUGAUGCGCGGCCGUCACUUCCUCCCAGCCUGCUGCCGAAAAGCAAGGGACCCGCUCGCGCUGUUAAAGCGCCUCAGCGUGCGACCGGGCCGCUGCUGACAGAAGCCCACCGGGUGGUCCUUUGUGCAUGGGCCAUCCAGUGGGCCUCCUUAGUGUGCAGAUUACCGGCCAGAGGGUUAGAAAUAGUUGAGGCCAGCAGGGCUCACGGUGCAGCUGGCCAGUUUACCCCACGUUAAAGACGGCCCUGCGUAUAUGAGCUAUUAUAUUGUAUAUGUAAAUGAGUAGUUUAUGGUAUUGUGUAUGAUACAAAUGAAUGUGGGCUGUGUAUGGGGGCUGCUUGUGGAAGUGUGUGUGUGGAUGGAUAUGUCACAGUGUGUGUUUGGUAGUGUGUGGGGGCUGUUUGGGAUAUUGCAUGUGGGGUUGUGUGCAUGUAUGUGGAUUGUUAGUGGUGUUUCGUUUGUAUGGAUUGUGUGUAUGUUUGUGUGUGGGCUGUCCGUAUUAUUUGUAUGAGGGGAGGGUUAUUCUGCAUUUCUGUGUAUAUCUAGCAGUGUGGGUGGCUUCCACUGGGGACUAGGUCGGCCAGGUCCAUGUCAAGGACAGGAGCUGCAACAGCAACUGCGAGCUGCUCUACUACAGUGUGGAUUCCUAUUCACAAGUGCUGGGAGGAAGUGAUCUGAGAUCACUACCUCUACGUGCUGCACUGCAUAAACUGAGGAUUGUCAUUCACCACCUUUUUGGAUUAGCAGAUAUCUGAAGUUUUACUGGGACUCCUGAUAGGCCAGAGCCUGUUUGGUUCUAGCAGCCUUGAGUGCCGUGCAAAGACUCCUCAAGUGCCGUAGGUUGCCUAACCCUGCUAUAGGGUCAGGGAUACAUGUUUGUGUUCCUGACCCUAUAGUGCUCCUUUAAAAUAAAGCCAAAAUGGGGAAGCCAUAUGUGAAAAACUAAGUACACUCUUACUGCUUCCAAUGGAAUUAAUCAAAUGCCCUUGAUUAAUUGAUCAUCAGCAAGUAUGACCACCUCUAUAAAAGCUGAAUUUGUAUCAGUUUGCUGGUCUGGAGCAUUCAGGUGUGUUAACAAAAUGCCAAGGAGGAAAGAUAUUGGCAAUGAUCUUAGAGAAGCAAUAGUUGCAGCCUAUCAAACUGGGAAGAGUUAUAAGGCCAUUUCCUAACAAUUUAAAGUCUAUCAUUCUACAGUGAGAACGAUUAUUCAAAAGUGGAAAAACAUUCAAGACCGUGCAGUGCUUAGAGAAAUUGCAAAAUAAAACAAACCAAGAGUUACAUCUUAGACUCUACAUGCCUCAGUUAGCAUGUUAAAUAUUAAUGUUCAUGAAAGUACAAUUAGAAAAAGACUGAGCAAGUAUGGUUUGUUUGGAAGGGUUGCAAGGAGAAAGCCUUUCACUCUAAAAAGUACAUGGCAGCACGGUUUGUGUUUGCAAAGUUGCAUCUGAACCAACUACAAGAUUUCUGGAACAAUGUACUUUGGAGAGAUGAGACCAAAGUGGAGAUGUUUGGCCAUAAUGCACAGCAGCAGCACGUUUGGCAAAAACCACACACAGCAUAUUCGCACAAACCCAUCAAACCAACAGUCAAGCCACAGGACCUGGGAAUCUUGCAGCCAUUGAGUUGAUCAUGAACUUCUCUGUAUACCAAAUAAUUCUAGAGUCCAAUAUGAGGCCAUCUGUCCGACAGCUAAACCUUGGCUGAAACUAGGUCAGGCAACAGGACAAUGAUCCUAAGCAUACAGGCAAAUCUACAACCAAAUGGCUGAAAAAGAAAAGAAGGUGUUACAAUGGCCCAGUCAAUGUCCAGACCUCAAUCUGAUUGAAACGCUGUGGCAGGACCUUAAGAGAGCUGUGCAUAAACAAAUGCCAGCAAACCUCAAUUAACUGAAGCAACCUUGUAAAGAAGAGUCGGCCAACAUUCCUCCACAACGAUGUGAGAGACUGAUAGUCAGACAGAAAAUGAUUACUGCAGGUAUGGCUGCUAAAGGUGGUUCUACAAGCUAUUACAGCAUAAGGUGUAAUUAGUUUUUCACACAUGGCUUCUCCAUUUUGGUCUUAUUUUUGUUAAAUAAUGACCUGGUGUAAUAUAUAAUGUGUUGUUCAUCUGAGGUUGUAUUUACCUAAUUUUAAGAUCUGCUAAGGAACACAUUAUGUCCUGAUAUGUAAAAAACAUACAAUUCAAAGAGGGUGUACUUUCUUUUUCCCCGUGACUCUUUUACAUUUACAGUGAAGGGCACACAAGCUUUGCCCAUAACACAAAUGUAAAAAAAAACCUUUUAAUCUGCUAUUAGAAUUAUGCCGGCAAUUUAACUGGUCUCAUUUAAGAAUAUUUUAACACACUUAUGAUGUGCUUAUGGUGGUUAAAGUAAAUGUGAUAGAGGGUCGCAGAGCAUCCGGUGCGUCCCAGGGGAUAGAAAUUGGGAUGCUUUAUUGUGAGCUGGCGUAUAGUGCUAAAACAGGGCAUGAUGGAAGGCAUGAGAACCCAGUCCACGUUGUAAGCAUCUCUGCUGAUUCCAGGUUAAUUCAAUUCACUGUGACACCAAAUGAACAGGGCUGCUGACAGUGCCAGCUAAUUAUAGACACUUUCUUCCCGCGUUUCUCACCCAUACCCCGCAGCAAGUUAAAUGCACACUAACACCAUCUCUUUGCUUCUUUCCUCUCUUUAGCUUUCCACGCCUACGGAAAAGCCGGGAAAAUGCUGGUGGAGACCAGGUAAAUGCACAUUGAGAGGCUCGAUGUACUUGUUGGUGGUAAUUUAUUCUAGCACGUCAGUCCGUGUUGCUGACACAAAUCAGCUGUCUCUUUCCCAGUUAGUUUCACACUGUUUUUCUUAACUCUGUCACGGGAGAAACUGGAAAUGAAAAUGUGCUUAAUAGACAAACGAAAGGAGAGAGUGUCCUCUGUCUGAUGACCCCAAUCUAGGUAUUGAAAUCUAAAAGACAGUGAAGCAGAUCUGUAUUUACAUACAUUUUAAGGUAUGAUCCUUAUAAAACAGGAAUAAUUAAUCUUUGCACCUUUCAGACAUUUUUGAAACUCAUAUAUUCUCUCUGCUACAUUAAAUGCAUAAUUAUUUUUUAACAAUCUCUUUUGGCACACCUCUUACAUUUCUGAUUAAUAUUACUCAGCUAGCCUUGACGUGAUCCUCUUAGCAACACAGUCUAGGCUAAAUCUGUACAUUGCAGAGAAAUGUACUGAUCUGACACUAAACAUGAAAUCACUUCCUCCCCACCCCCAAGAAAAUAAAAGUAUUGCCAUCCAUCAAUAAAUUUGGACGUUUGCAAGUUAUAGAACUCUGUCAUGCCACUCCUUACCUGUCAGUGCCUGGCAUCGGCAUAAUAUUUUACGCUAUGAUUUAAUUGACAGGUUUAUUAGGUGACCAUAUACUAUUUAGGUAUUUUACUAAAUCUAUACAUUUGAUAUCAGAAGAUAUAGAGGAAUUGUUCUUUUAAAGUUGAGUGUAUCAGGAGAAGUAAGCUUUACAGAGCAGUGAAAUGCGUGAGGUUUGCUGAAUUCCUGGUCCUUCAUGGUUAAUCGGCUUUCAUUACCAUAUUUAAAAUCCAUAACACUCUCUCUUUUUUCCACAGCAUGAUUGGUUUAAUGCUGGGGACCUGCAUUGCUUUCUACGUUGUGAUCGGAGACUUGGGCUCCUCGUUCUUUGCCAGGUUACUAGGAUUGCAGGUAAAACAUGGCCCCAUAUCUACUAAUCCACUGCAAGACUCAAGGUGUUAUUCAGUUAAAUUAAAUCUGGCAAAAUUAUGGCUAAAGUAAACAAGCCUAGACUAUAACGGCAUUAUUCUUUUAUUUUGUUUAAUUAAACACCUUAUGGACAGAAAAUAAUCUAUGAGUGCCAGUUUGUGACAAUUAAAAUAAAUUAAAGACACUAUGGAUGCACCAAAAUUUUGGUUGAAAAUGGGCCUAUUCCAUUUUGGACGAAAAAGGGUCAUAUUGGCCGAAAAUUACACCUCUAUGACUAGUACCUUUGUCUAGUCUAGUGACUUUACUAGACUAGUACCUUUGGUCUUACCUCCAGUUUCCUCCGGCUACCUCAAACAUAUUUUAUGUUUUAACCUCUUGUCUACCUCCCAGAUUGAUCUAUUGCAUUUGAGGGGGAAAGUCGUUUUCGGCCAAGGGUAUUUCAGCCCAGAAUUUUCAUUUUGGUGCAUCCCUAAAAGACACUCUAACCCCCCUCUUUCAAACAUGGCAUGUUUAGCGGGCAGUAGAUGUGUGAAGUCUGCCAUGCCCACUGGGAGAGCAUCUGCCACUGCAUACCUCUGAUUAGGAUGUAAUUUGUGCGCUAGUAGUAAGUAUCACCAUUGUUUAAUGCUCUGUAUGAGGUUUAAUAUGGAGUUCUUGAGCGCGGUUUCUCGCUGUAUCAUAAACUUUUAACGCAUGAAGAUUUCUUAAUGUAAAUUUUUGUGUAAACAAGUUAUAGUAUUGUAGAUGUAAUUACAAGAUGUGACUGCUUCUCCAUGUGGAGUUGGCCAUCUUUGAAAUUCAUCACAAUUUCUAAAUCAGUCUUGUAUACCUGAGUUAAACUCCAUAGAUGCAGUGUGCCCUCCUUGCCCAAGCUCCAUAGAGAUGCAGGGUGCCCUCCUUUCCCAAGCUCCAUAGAGAUGCAGUGUACCCUCCUUGCCCAAGCUCCAUAGAGAUGCGGUGGGCCCUCCUUGCCCAUGCUCCAUAGAGAUGCAAUAAUCUGCAAGCACUAAUGGGUUACAAAAUAAAGACACUUCAACCCCUUCUGCCAUCCCAUUACCCUCACCACAAGAAAUACAUAAUGUUCUACUUGUAACUGCCUUAGUUGUGAAUGUAGCAUGUUUCAGUUGCCGGCAUCGUGGCAUGCAGUAAUGCGUCGGAGCAAGUUGCAGUUGCCGGCACCAUGGCAUGCUGUAAUCCACUGCUGCAGAUGCCGGGACCGCGGGAUGCUGUAAUGCAUUGAUGCAGUUGCGGGCACCACGGCAUGUUGUACUGCGUUGCUGCCAUUGCCGCACCACGGCAUGUUGUACUGCGUUGUUGCCGGCACCGCGGCGUGCUGUACUGCGUUGCCGUUGCCGGCACCACGGCAUGCUGUACUGCAUUGCUGCAGUUGUCGGCAUCAUGGCAUGAUGUAAUGCAUUGCCACAGUUGACUGCAUCGUGGCAUGCUGUGAUGCAUUGCCGCAGUUGACGGCAUUGUGGCAUGCUGUAAUGCAUUGCUACAGUUGCUGGCAUCAUGGGACGCUAUAAUGCAUUGCAGUUGCUGGCAUCGUGGCAUGCUGUAAUGCAUUGUUGCAGUUGCUGCAUCGUGGCAUGCUGUAAUGCGUUGCUGCAGUUGCUGGUAUCGUAGCAUGCUGUAAUGCGUUGCUGCAGUUGCUGGUAUCGUAGCAUGCUCUAAUGCGUUGUAGCAUAUAGCAUGUUGCAAUUGUUGGAAUCGGGGCCUGCCGUAAUGUGUUGAAGCAUGUUGCAGUUGCUGGCAAUGUAAGAUUUGUCACACAUCCCCUUGCAUGAUAACGCAUGUUCCAAGCAAAUGUCGCUUUACCGAGAGCGACUGGCUUAUUCACAAGACUUGGGACUACAUGGUUUCUAUGACGAUUUGCAGUUCACGUUAUUGUGUUAUUCUCAUGAUUGUCAGGGAUUUACCAUUUGCAAGUUUCCAAAUACUAAAGGAUGAUUUACUGAAAUGAGAAUUGUUGGGAAUUCAAAGUGAAUUUCAAAUUUAAAACCAAUUAAGCCGAAUUGGGCACUAUAGUGGCACUAUAGUGGUCCUUUAAUGAAGCGGAUUUGGUGUACAGAUCAUGCCCCUGCAGUCUCACUGCUCAAUUGUUUGCCAUUUAGGAGUUAAAUCACUUUUGUUUAUGUUUAUGCAACUCUAGCCACACCUCCCCUGGCUGUGACUGACACAGCCUGUAUUAAAAAAAUGGUUUCAUUUUCAAUCAGAUGUUAGCUUGCUUUAGAAGUUUAUAUCUCCUGCUCUGUAAAUUGAACCUUAAUCACAGAAAGGAGGCCUCUGCCGGGUCUAGCUGGCUAUUAACAGAUCAGGAAAUGAGAAAUUAAGGAAGUAAAGGAAGUGUAAACAUUAGAUGACUUUACAGUAAGAGUUUAGGAAGACUCUGUAAAUUACAUGAAGGGUGAUGUGAUUAGGGCUACAUAAACAAAGUGCUUUAACUCCUAAAUGGUAAAGAGACUGCAGGCACAUGAUCUAUACACCAAAACUGCCUAAUUAAAGGGACACUAUAGGCACCCAGACAACGUCCUCUCAUUCAAGUGGUCUGGGCGCAGUGUCCUUGUCUCCUUAACUCUGCAGAGUUUAUAUUGCAGAGUUUAUACUGCCUCUAGUGUCUGUCUUCUCGAUUUCCACAGAGUUUAACUCUGUGAACCAACACUGGUCGUCCUCAGGCUUUGCGUGUUCUUUUAAGCUAUAGUUGUUUUGGUGCCUAUAGUAUCCAUUUAAGUUUAUACCGUGCAGCUAGUUUUAUUAACUUGGCAGAGGGACCCUUUACAAAGACAUACUUCUUCCUGCUUUGAGCCUAUGUGGUAUUUAUCCUAACCAUGCUAAUUGUCCUGCAGGUGACUGAAGGAUUCCGCAUCUUUCUCCUGUUCGCAGUCUCUCUGUGCAUCGUCCUCCCUCUCAGCCUCCAGCGCAACAUGAUGGCUUCGAUCCAGUCUUUCAGUGCGAUGGCUCUAAUGUUUUACAUGGUCUUCAUGUUUGUGGUAAGCUAUUGGAACGAGCAUGUUCCACUGCAGUGAGAGAGUAGAUUGCCAUACUGUGCGUUCUUUAUAUUUCUCAGUUAUUGGCCGGUUUCCAUCCAGUUAAGUAUUCUAAUUCUCUCGACUUGGUUACUAGUUCAGCAGAGUAAUACACAGUGGAUUCUAAGAGUUCUCGUCUGCAAAGCUUACAGUCUACCUUAGACCAGGAGUGUCAGCUCAGAUGUUGUGGCAUAUAAUUCCCAGACUUGACUGGCAGGGGAUCGUGAGGAGUUGUAUUCCAACAUUAGCUGAAAUAUUGCGAUGAAUGCGGUAGAUGCAAUCAGAUGAAAUAGAAUUCUUGUUUGGUUUGGGUUUGUAUUGUACUAUUUUAUUGCGGGUGAUGUAAGCAUCUCUCUGGCAGUUAGAGGGUUAACAAAUGGUUUGCAGUAAGAUAUAAUUUUAAGUGACUGCUUCAAAAAUGUGUGUGUCUGUGUGUGUGUAUUUAAAUGUCUUUCCUGCCCUUCCAGCUUAAAGCAUCAUGUGAAUUCUAUUUACCAAAUUUUUUUCACCACUUUUAGAAAAUGUUUAAUGCAAAAUAUGAAUACAGUUUUUUAAAAAAGGACCUCAUUUAAAGUGAAUAACUGGAAAAUUGAGGGUUAAUAUGAGCAAAGCUUUCUUUAUAGAAGGGUCAGUACGUACCUAGAAUGACCUUCCAGUGGAGGUAUUGAAUAAUAAUUCCAUAAAGAAACUCUAUUCCGCAUAUAGCUAACCCGAUGAACCAUUAGAAUCAUCCUGAGAAUCCUGUUUUCCAUCAGUUUCCUAUGUGUAAGUGUUUUGGUGUUAUCGUUUGUAACCUGCACCUCUUAAGCCAACUGAAUUACAGUUCACCACAUCAUCAGGGCACACUUCCAGUUCACCCCCUUUAUUAGCACGCCGAGUGCUUUAUUAUAUUGGUGAACGGGUUUUGGUUUGUUGUUUUAAAAUCCUGCCUGCUGGAAAGUAAUGAUGUCUAAGCAUUUUCUGCUUUCUGUAACCUGACGAGGUAUCCUUUGCUUGUUUCUGCUAAUUCUAGCAAGGUAUUCAUUUCCAUUAGGGGCUUUUCAGUGUCUUAAUAACAGAUCAAUAUCUGAUACACUAAACCAGGAAUCACAGAGAAUUAAUGAGUAAAUUCAAAAUCAAAAUAGCUGAGCAAAAGAAAGAAAUAGCUGAUUUAGAGAUUUAAUAAUUUUUUCCUAGUUCAAGUAUUUUGGUCUGAAAUAUUAGUUUUCUCAUCUAUUCCCCCAAUUACCAGCUUAGUUAAAUAACUCAGACACAGCGUUAAGGUAGAAUUCAGAUAUAUUUUUCAGAACUUUAGCACUGGUUUGAAAGGGUCUGAUUGAAUCUGACGUCAAAGUUGAUCUGAAAACCAUAUCACUACAAUUAAAGAUAAUUAUACUAUUAGAUUUUCUCAUGGUAAUAUUCUUUCAAUUGAAUAAGUUGGGCCUCUUGCUGCCCACGGGUCUGUUCAUGGUCCUCUCUACAAUGUAAAUAUCUGGAACUGCAAUAUUUAACAUUGCAGCACUAAGUGCAAAAGGGACAAUGCACCCAGACCACUUCAAUAUGCUGAAAUGCUCUGGGUUCCUAUAGUGUCCCUUUAAUUAUUUCAAAUAAGCUCUUCAAAUGUAUCCCGGAGUAGAGAAAAAAAUAUAUAUAUAUAUAUAUAUAAAUAAAUAUAUAUAUAUAUAUAUAUAUAUUAUCGCUCCCUUUGCCAUGUUUCUGCCUUUUAAACCCGAUACGGAAUAUGACUGGGAUCUGACACGGCUGCUCUCUCUCACCGCUUCUAUUUGUAUUUGUAAUUGUUGUGUAGUAACGAGGGAAACCAAGGAAAUGUUCCUGCUUUUUGCUUCACUUUGAGAAUGUUGACCCCAAGCUUUAUCAAUUUUAUAAGAAGGAAAGAAAAUCAUAUGUAGAUAACGGGAUUUUGUGUGACCAAACCAUUCAGUAGCACAGAAUACAGACUGUAGCAGCUAUUAGAAGUCUUAUUUGUUUCUUCAUAUUUAUUUUUUUCUCUAUCAGAUUGUGCUGUCCUCUUUUAAACAUGGCCUUUUUAAUGGUCAAUGGAUUGGCGAAGUCAGUUAUGCCCGCUGGGAGGGCGUCUUCCGCUGCAUACCUAUCUUUGGAAUGUCAUUUGCGUGCCAGUCGUAAGUAUGACCAUUGUGUGAUGCCAUGCAUGAGGUUUAACAUGGAGUUCUUGUGUGCGGUUUCACCCUGCAUCAUAAAAUUUUAAUGCUUGAAAAUGUCUUAAUGUAAAUCUGUAUACACAAUAUUUUCCAACCAAUUCUUUUUAAUUUUGUGUAAUUAUAGUCGUUUUACGUGUAAUUACCAAGAUGCUUUUUCCACAUUGGGUACACCCCAAUAUAAGAUCCAUACUUUAGCAUGUGCUAAUUAACAUAUUUGUUGGGUAGAUAACCAAGCUGUGAUUUAUCUAUUUGUGUCAUUUGGUUGGGACCAUUCUCUAAUUAAAUUUGUAAUCCUAAUAUAGCCUCAUAGAGCUGUAUGGGUAAUGUUAUUAAAGGGAUACUAUUAUGUUAGGAAUUCAGAGUUGUAUUCCUUCCACUAUAGCUCCCUCUGGCCCCACCCCAGUUAAAGUGUUAAAAAAACAAAACCUUUAUUUACUUACCCGAUCCCAGUGCCGCGCCUCCUCCGUCGUCACCGCAAUAGGCCCUCAUUAUAGGAAAGCAUUGACUCUAUCAUUACCUAUGGGGAUUUAAUAGAUGCCGAAUGUUCUUAUGCAGAGCGUGAGGGUCCAGUGUCAGUUGGGCGACCAAUUGUCACCUAGCAAUUGGGAAGCGCCUCUAGUGGCAAUGUUUUACAUUGCAGGACUAAAGGCAAUAGGGGACUGUACCCAGACCACUUCAAUAAGCUGAAAUGGUCUGGGUGCCUAUAGUGUCCCAUUAAUGAGUAUUUUUAUGGAAGUCCAAUUUUGUUCCUUAGUUUUUGACUGAUAGACUGACUGACUGGUGUCCUUGCUUGCUGUUACAAUUCAAUAUACAUGAAUCUUUUAUCACUGUGUAUCGAAACAAGCUUUCUAGUUACUUGUAUAAUAAUAUAUGAAGGUGUCACACAUUAUGUAGAAAUGCAUUAUUAAAAAAACCUUUAGUAGGUGACAUAUAUUCACUAGUAUUUAACUUUUUGCUAUACAGUGGCUGUACACAUGGUCGUUGUGUUUAUAUUUCUUGUCACACAUUGUAAUGAGUAUUUAACAUUUUCACACGAGAGAGAGAGAUAUGGAUGUGUGAAGACAGUAGUAUUUCCAAUUGUAAUAAGUUCACUUAGGACUGUGACUCCCAAGUUGGGGGAGUGACUUUAGCAGAUUCCAGAUGGUUAAUCUGAGAUCGCUGUCCAGAAGGGUGCAGAUCUAGGAACGCUAAGAUACUGUGCAGAACCCUCAAACUCCCAGGCCUCUGGUAAAGGAUCUGAGAAUGAGGAAUAAAUAUACCACCCAGGAGGGGUGAGAACAACCAUUGUAUCCUCCUGGGAACCAAGGAAACACUUGUCUUCCAAUAUGCCACCAUGUUUGAAAAUGAAGAGGACGUUCCCGACAUCCCAGCCUAUCACAUGACAUAUCACUGGAAAGCCCAGGAUGUCCUCUUUACAAUACAACAGGGAUUGAUCGAGCAGCUCAAAAUAAUAAAAGCAGAUGCAUGUUAACGGAAUGACCAGUACAGAGGACACAAGUUAAUUGGCUGGGUCUCAGGAGGAUAUGCACCCCAACUCUAGUAGCCUUUUAUUUUUUAAAAUACACCAAAGACUUCAUUUUUCUGUGUUGGUUGAUCUUAUAUGACAUCAUGGAUAUCUAACUUAUUACAGAUCUGGAGUUUAAGGCCUUGGACGCCUGUAUUAUGAUUAACUAGUAUGGUUACCUGAACGAAUACAAAUAUAUAGCAACGAAACAGCUGUCCAUGAGUGGUUCACUGCCAUUGCACCUCUUCCGGAGUUUUGUUUCAAAGCAAUUGUAUAGAGCAGACACUUACUCCAAGGAAUCCAUGUAUAAAGUGGGAUUAUGAGGCAAAAAUGUGGUUCUUUGUUGAGGUCAUUUGCAUAUGCAUACCCAGAACUACCCAGAAUCCCUUACAGUAGUGAGAACACUGUUCAAGUGAGAUUUCUGUGGUAAAAGCAAGUCUUAUGGCUUGCCUGAUGUGUGUAUUUGUGUUUAACAUUGUAUUAACUAUCCACUUAUUUCAGGUGGAAGGGGUUUUCAUCUACACCUUUUUCUCCACCAAAACUUAUUUGGUAUAUAUACAUCUUGAGCACGCAGACUGUCAGCAUAUAAUGUGGCUCGACCUUAGAAAUAAGACCACUUUCAUUCUAGGGUUUCUGUUCCGUUGAGAACAAGCUAAAACAAAAGGAAAGCUGAUAAGUUCAAUUACUUCUAAGCACAUUUUUAUUUAUUUGUAAUCAUUCCCAAAACCGGGUACAGUAAAGUAAAGACCUGUAGGUUUUUUUGCGGUUUUUGCUAGGCCCAAUUAUAUUAGCUGUUUCCCUAGCAGUAUCCGCUGCGUGUGCUGGAGCUUAUUGUAAAUCCUGUGCUUUGAUGCUGUCUGGGGGGGCCAUGUCAGUCAGCACCUUCACUAAGUAUCCACUAUCCUGGGAAGCCUGCUGACAACACUGUCCAAAUACUGCCUGUAAAAGGAGGAUUAAAGAAAUGCUAAUAAGAUGCUUUCCAUACUGAUCGCAGCAUAUGCAUCCGCACUUUAUUUUUAAUUUUUUCCAAGAUCUGUCAUUUUGUCUCCCCUGAGCUCUGAUUCUUAUCUGUAACUUUCUUCGCUAAACACUAGAGCAUUGUUUGCUGUUAAAUGACCCUUCUGGGGCCCUGUUCAGUGGAUUGUCUAUGGCCAUUCUGUUUCUUUCGGUCACCUUUUAUUAAGGCCUCUGACCUUGAACCUUUCUAACAAGGGCCAUUACCCAUAUACUAACCCCCUCUUUACAUAUACUCUUAGGCCCAAACAUACUCUUCUACAGGGAUAACUGUACAACUCCCAUUAUGCCUUGCUAGCCUCGGGGCUUAUAAAGCAUUAUUGGAAAUGUAGUUCUGUAAUAGUCUGAGUACACCCCAGCUCUAGUAUCCAUUCCUUAAAACACACCCAAGACUUCAUUGUUGUUUGUAGGUUAGUCUUAUAUGACAUCAUGGAUAUCUAACUGCAGUUUAAGGCCUUAGACGCCUGAACUAUGAUUAAUUAGUAUUGUUAACUAAUCGAAUUAAAUUAGUUCAGUAAAACUUUGUAUUUUGACUUUUUUUGUAUGACUGACGUUUUGCAAUGUUCUCAUGUUUUCACAGUUAGCUUCCUCCUCAUUGUUUUACUUAUUAUAUGUUAUUUGUGCAGAGAUAAAAACACACACAGAUCAGCUGAAAUGUAACCGGUUUCGAGGCAUAUUCUGCACAUUUUUAUGAAAGGACAGAAAAAAAACUAUUCCUAAUAAGGGACAAAGCUUAAUAUACUGGUAAACGGGCAAGAACAAAAAAACUUUGAUCUUGGUGCAUAUAACUUGGACUUUUGAACAUCCCGAAUGCUAUAUGAAUUGACCCAUUUUAAUUUAUAUAAUAUAUGUCUAUAGGAAGAAUCAAGAAACUAAGAGGAGUCUCGCAAACAAGUUGCAAAUAGAACAGAAAGAACUCUAUAUAGAAUCAGAGGUGGAUAGAAUAAUAUUACAGGCCUUGAAAUCCAUUAAAGUGAAGAUGGCAUAUAUUGGGCAGUGACUGGGAUUAGAAAGUAAAAUCAGGCUCUUGUGGUGAUUCUUAAAGUUAUCAGUAACCCCUGAGUAAUAGGGGUGGGGGAAGGUCUACUAAGGUGCUCAAGAAGAGGCAUAAAAUUAUUACGUAUAGCAUGCUCCAUAGGCAUCACGUACUUAUAUAUGAAGAACACACUGUGCAAAAUAAUUAAAAAAAACCUUCAAAAUAUGUAUAAAAAAGAAAAAUCACAUUGAACCCAACACUUCACCCAGCGCUGCCGGUCCACUCAGCCUGGUUUGGUUGUUCUUUUGUGGUACAAAGGUCUCAACCUUAGGCUAAAAUAUAAAAACUGCAAAAACCAACUGUGAUCUAUGUCAGCCUAAUUUUUACCAUUCACUUUUUCAUUUACCACACUUUGGUAUUUAUGAAUAAUCCUCAAGGUGUUUGAGCACCAUCAGACUUAAUAAAGUAGUAAGAGUUCACAAGAGCUUGCAAUCUAGAAUGUCCUGGGUAGCACUGAAUAAGGUCGGUGAUUCCCACCCACACCAGGUGACAAUCUGUGAUGGUAAUAAAGGAAUAUGAAAACCAGACUACCAGCAGAUGAUUAGGUGGGCAAGUGAUAUAUUUAGCAGCCACUCCCUGCUGAUGGACUCCCCCACCGUAGCACCCUGCUCGAGCCAUGUCACCCUUUCUGGGAUCUGUCAGCGCCUGCUCUGCUCAGUCACAUCCUUGGGCAGCUCGUACGUUUUCUAACACUUUCCUAAUGAAAUGUUAACAUUGCCUGUUGGCUUACGUGGACAGGAGGAGGAGGGGAAGGUGUCCCACUUAAAACAAAUCGAGUGUUGCAGACAGCUUGCAGCUGACUAGACUAACUGGGCCACAUUCUGAUACUAGGACAACCUGUAUCAUUCCAGAUAAGAGUUGUUUUAAACUAAUACAUUAAAUCAUGGCGUGUUUUGUUUCAGUUAUUAAAACUUCAAUCCCACACAGCCAUACUGCUUUUUCUCCUAGCCCUUAUUGCUGUAUAAUGAGUGGGUAAUGUGCUAUGCCACCUGUAGAUAACUCCUGAUCUAACAGUGGGAAAUUAUGGGUUGCUAAGCAGCAAGGCACUUUUUCCCAAGGUCCUUUAGUGUAAAAUUACCGCGUACUUGUGUUUCUGUUGCCAGUUGUUAUUCUUUGUUUGUUUCUGUGUGUGUGUGUUUUAGAUAACUGUUUUUCUUCAGAAUACUGUCUUUAAACCGAACGUAGUCACAUAACACAUUUACAUAGAACGUGUGUGUGUGUCUGUCAGCAUCCAGAAUAGCUUAAUGCUUUAUUUCUUCCUUACAUUGUAAACUGAGUUCUACAGCCGCAAUCUUCCAUUUUAAGCAGUAAAAUAAAGAUCCCUCGCUUUCUGUUCACUUUCAUUGUCCUGUUACGGAUUUUCGACAUUGGCCAUCGCUGGAAUCUUUUUCUUAAUAGAGUAAUAGAUAUCCACAGGUUUCCAUUCUAACAAAAAUCAAUAGUUGCAUAACUGCAGCCACAAAGUGUCCACAGUAGGCAAAAUUAGCUUCUUAGUUUCUCUGUUAUCUUUUCUCUUAUGUAACCUCCUCCCCCCUUCCCCCCAUGCACCCAAAAAUAAAAAAAGAAAGGUGUGCAUUUGUAUACAUCUUUCAUGUGAUGUUCUUUCCUAAACCCUAAAUAAGUACCUGGAAAUAAAAAAAAUAAAAAAGACACAAACCACAAAUUCUUAAAGGGACACUACAGCUUCAUGUACGGUAUACAGCUUAAUGUACGGUUGACAGCUUAAUGUAAAUGUUCUGGUGAGUAUAGUAGUUCCCUUCAGGCAUUUUCAUGCAAACACUGCCUGUUUGGAAUGGAGAUAAGCUGUACAAAAAAGAUGGUUUGCAUCUUUCUCAAAAGGGAACAAAUGUUCUCAGUGAGCAGUUCAGAGGUUUUGCUAGGAUGUAUUUAAACUAGGAGGGGGGGGCAAAAGGGUGAUAAAACAUCAAUCCAAUUGUCCCCCAAAACAAGGACAGAAGGUGCCUGUAGCAAGUGUGUUAAAAAAUGAUAAGCUUAGAGUCAUGUCUACAAAUGCUCGCAGUUUAGGGAAUAAGAUCCAUGAACUUGUGGCAAUAAUGGCAACUGAUAGUGUAGAUUUAGUCGCUGUUACUGAGACAUGGUACAAUGAGAAAAAUGACUGGGACAUAGCAAUACCAGGGUACUCUUUAUAUAGGAAAGAUAGGGAAGGCAAGAAAGGGGGAGGGGUGGCCUUGUAUGUGAAGGAUAGCAUAAAAUCUAGCCUAAUAAAAGUUAGUGAGGCAAACAUAGAGUCCGUUUGGGCUACGUUAGAAUUUGGUAAUCACACAGUAACUCGUGUAGGUGUGAUUUAUAGGCCCCCAGGACAAAUUGAAGAGUUAGAUAAUCUACUAGUUGAGGAAAUAGCUAAAAUGACAAUGAAGGGGAAGUUAUCAUCAUGGGUGACUUUAAUCUUCCUGAUGUAAAUUGGAAAACAAAAUUAGCUACUUGUGCCAGGAGCACACAUAUUCUAAACUCCCUACUGGGAUUGUCUCUAAAACAAGUUGUUGAGGAGCCAACUCGUAAAGAGGCCAUACUAGAUUUAGUGUUAACAAAUGGAGAUUUGGUAUCAGAUAUUACUGUAGGUGAAAGUUUAGGAUCCAGUGAUCAUCAGUCAGUGUGGUUUAAUAUAAGAACAGUGACUGAGUCACACCACACAAAAACAAAAGUUUUAGACUUUAGAAAAACAGACUUUUCUAAAAUUAGAAUAUGGGUAGAGGAGUCAUUAUCAGACUGGAGCAAUUUAAAUGGAGUCCAAGAGAAAUGGGAUUAUUUAAAAGUUGCACUAUUGAAGGCAACAGAAAAUUGCAUUAGGCUUGUCAGUAAAAGCAAAAAAUUCAAGAAACCACUGUGGUACUCCGCAGAUGUGGCCAAAAUAGUUAAAAACAAAAAGUUAGCAUUUAGGAAUUAUAAAAAAAACCAGAGUGAGGAAGACAAAAUGAUCUAUAAGAUUAGGCAGAAAGAGGCUAAGCAAGUUAUAAGAGCUUCCAAAUCACACACAGAAGAGAAAAUAGCACAGUCAGUAAAAAAGGGGGAUAAAACAUUUUUUAGAUACAUAAAUGAGAAAAGAAAAGUAAAACAAGGAUUAGUUAGAUUAAAAACAAAAGAAGGAAGGUAUGUAGAAGAGGAUAAAGGUCAGGCUGACUGCCUCAAUGAAUAUUUUUGUUCUGUAUUUACAGAUGAAAAUGAAGGAAAGGGACCUCAGUUGAGAAAAAGGAUAAAUGAGUCAUUUAUUACACGUGAGUUUACAGAGGAAGAGGUUCUAUUUCAACUGUCAAAAGUAAAGACAAAUAAGUCAAUGGGACCUGAUGGAAUACACCCAAAGCUAUUAAAAGAGCUUAGUGGUGUACUAGCAAAACCAUUAACAGAUUUAUUUAACCAAUCAUUGUUAACAGGAGUAGUCCCAGAAGAUUGGAAGUUAGCGAAUGUUGUGCCCAUUUACAAGAAAGGUAAUAGGGAGGAGUCGGGCAACUAUAGGCCAGUAAGCCUUACUUCAGUAGUGGGGAAAGUGAUGGAAACCAUGUUAAAGGAUAGGAUUGUUGAACAUCUAAAAACACAUGGAUUUCAAGAUCAGAGACAACAUGGGUUUACUUCAGGGAGAUCAUGCCAAACUAAUCUUAUUGAUUUUUUUGAUUGGGUAACUAAAAUUAUAGAUCAGGGUGGUGCAGUAGACAUUGCUUACCUAGAUUUCAGUAAGGCUUUUGACACUGUUGCACAUAGAAGGCUUAUCAAUAAACUGCAAUCUUUAAGUUUGGAUUCCAAUAUUGUUGAAUGGGUAAGGCAGUGGCUGAGUGACAGGCAACAGAGGGUUGUAGUUAAUGGAAUAUAUUUGAAGCUUGGACUUGUCACCAGUGGGGUACCUCAGGGAUCUGUACUUGGACCCAUUCUCUUUAAUAUUUUUAUUAGUGAUAUUGCAGAAGGUCUUGAUGGUAAGGUAUGUCUUUUUGCUGAUGAUACUAAGAUAUGUAACAGGGUUGAUGUUCCAGGAGGGAUAAGCCAAAUGGCAAAUGAUUUAGGUAAACUAGAAAAAUGGUCAGAAUUGUGGCAACUGACAUUUAAUGUGGAUAAGUGCAAGAUAAUGCAUCUUGGACGUAAAAACCCAAGGGCAGAGUACAGAAUAUUUGAUAGAGUCCUAACCUCAACAUAUGAGGAAAGGGAUUUAGGGGUGAUUAUUUCUGAUGACUUAAAGGUAGGCAGACAAUGUAAUAGAGCAGCAGGAAAUGCUAGCAGAAUGCUUGGUUGUAUAGGGAGAGGUAUUAGCAGUAGAAAGAGGGAAGUGCUCAUGCCAUUGUACAGAACACUGGUGAGACCUCACUUGGAGUAUUAUACACAGUACUGGAGACCGUAUCUUCAGAAGGAUAUUGAUACCUUAGAGAGGGUUCAGAGAAGGGCUAUUAAACUGGUUCAUGGAUUGUGGGAUAAAACUUACCAGGAAAGGUUAAAGGAUCUUAACAUAUAUAGCUUGGAGGAAAGACGAGACAGGGGGGAUAUGAUAGAAACAUUUAAAUAUAUAAAGGGAAUCAACACAGUAAAGGAGGAGACUAUAUUUAAAAGAAGAAAAACUACCACAACAAGAGGACAUAGUCUUAAAUUAGAGGGACAAAGGUUUAAAAAUAAUAUCAGGAAGUAUUACUUUACUGAGAGGGUAGUGGAUGCAUGGAAUAGCCUUCCAGCUGAAGUGGUAGAGGUUAACACAGUAAAGGAGUUUAAGCAUGCAUGGGAUAGGCAUAAGGCUAUCCUAACUAUAAGAUAAGACUAGGGACUAAUGAAAGUAUUUAGAAAAUUGCGCAGACUAGAUGGGCCGAAUGGUUCUUAUCUGCCGUCACAUUCUAUGUUUCUAUGUUUCAGAGAAAAGGCAGUGUUUACAUUGCCCCUAUGGACACCUCCAAGUGGCCGCUCCUCAAAUGGCCGCUGGAGGUGCUUCCUGGCUCAGUGCUGCACUACUGUUCAGCGUCUCCAGACACUGCAUGGAGACGCUGAAUUUUCCUGAAUUGAUUUAAUGCAUCUCUAUGAGGAGGUGCAGAUUGGCCAAAACAGCGUUUGGCCCCGCCCCUUGCCGAUUUUAGCCAAAAGCAUUGCCGAUUUCAGGAAAGCAUUGGAUUGGCUAAGAAUCGGCAAUUCUGAUGAUGCCACCAAGGGGGCAGGCCCAGCGCCGGCGAGUCCACACGGCGCUGGAAAUAAGGUGAGUUUUAUUAUCUUUUAAAGGGGCUAAGGGGAGGGGGGAAGCCACCUAAAUGGUGGGUUUUGCACUAUAGCGUCAGGAAUACAUGUUUGUGUUCCUGACCCUAUAGUGUUCCUUUAUCAUUAUUUAUGGCAAAUUCUGAGAUUAUGCUCUGUGUAAGGGUGACUGUUCUGUGCCAUGUGUAGGUUGUGUUACUAUGUGUAAAGUAAAGCUCACUUUAGCUUUCUCUGUUUUUGUUCAGCCAAGUCCUGCCCACCUACGACAGCCUGGAUGAACCCUCUGUUAAGAUCAUGAGCUCGAUCUUCGCUCUAUCGCUCAAUGUGGUGACCACAUUCUACGUGACCGUAAGUCCAUGUUAUGGGGGAGGGGCAAGAUCUGUACCGAGGCUGGUAAAUAGCUGCCUUAGAACGCCACUGCUGCUUGUGGGGUCUUUGCAUCUUAUUUUUUUUUAAGACCCUUCCCCUGGUUGUACCCAGUAGUAGUGGGGCAAGGGAGAAAUACUUACCCAAAACUCUCCUUCCUUAAGGCUGCCAUCUUAUGGUUCACCUCUUGGCAGAUAAAGCUGUCUGGUUGUGUCACUGAUGUUCUCUUGUUUAUGCGCAAAGUACAAAAUGGCGAAGACUGAAAGAUGCUGUGAGACCACAAGACUCUCCGUUGAUUUUCUUGCACAAUGAGAUUCUAUUCUGUAGCUAGUUGUGAGAGAAGAUAUUGGUUCCUUUCCGCCAUUACCUGCGACUUCUGAUAGGAAAUGGCGAGAUGCAACAAGCUUUAGCUGUUUAAAGUAUCACUUUUUGCCAUUUUUUUCAAUAAUCAUCUAGUACAUAAGAUAAAGGAGUCCCUAAUUUGUCUUAUAUCAGAAGUGACCUCUCUCACCUGUCACUCCGUCUUCUCUCUGCUCUCACUCCGGCUGUUUCAUGCUCAGUUGCUGCCCUGAUUUUACAGUUGAUCCUGCCCACCUUGCAGAUUAACAAAGCAGACGUCACCAGAGUGUGUGCUAUGAGAAGAACAGGAAGUGGCAGCAAUUGGAAAGAGGUGGCCGAGAUGUGAAUAAGGACUCUCUGAGUGAUGGUGGACUCCAGUUUAAAGUGAUCUGUAGAAGAUACCAGGCCGCAACCAUAAGAAUUCAUAGCGUGCCUGCAGUGAAUAACGGAAUUUGUCUAUUCACUGUUAAAGCUUGUUUUUGAUGAAAGGAUGUUAAAAAAGCGCAUAUUUCAUUUCCGUUCCCACAGGUGGGCUUCUUCGGCUAUGUCAGUUUUACAGACACCAUUGCUGGGAACGUGCUGGUUAAUUUCCCCUCAAAUCUGGUGACCGAGAUGAUCAGAGUGGGCUUCAUGAUGUCUGUGGCGGUCGGCUUUCCAAUGAUGAUAUUGCCGUGCAGGCAGGCCCUCAACACUCUUCUAUUUGAGCAGCAGGUAAAAUAAAUAACUUUUUCUCCUAAAUAACUUCCCCUAAUGUCUAGGAUGGAACCCCAGACAGGUGGUCCAAUUUUUAAUGCAUGCAGAGCGGGAGGACGUUCGCAUUAAUUAGGCGACCUUAAUUGUGCUAAAAUCCCCCAAAUACCUCUAGUGGCUGGCUGGUGGACAGUUCCUCAAAAACUGCAAUGUUUUACAUUGCGGGACUAAGGGGUACAGGGACACUGCACCCAGGCCACUUUAAUGAGCUGAAGUGAUCUGGGUUCCAAUAUUGUCCCUUUAGAGAAUCCCGUUCGCUCAUUGCUUAAAGACAUGUGUUUUAAGGAUUUUUAUGAAGACCUGUGUUUAUUGUGUGGACCGGGUACCUGGACAGUAAUUAACAUCAGGAUCCUUGGUCAGUCCUUCACUUGGUCAGUCCUUCACUGUUAUUUUCUAUUUACAGCAAAAAGAUGGGACAUUCGCUGCUGGUGGAUAUAUGCCUCCUUUGCGAUUUAAAGUGCUCACGCUCACUGUAGUUUUUGGCACCAUGCUGGGUGGGAUACUGAUCCCAAAUGGUGAGUACUUUCCUCUCAUUAACGGUACAGCACAUCCCUUCCCCGCUCUUUAACCAGCUAUGUCUAUCUUGAGAAACUGUCUUGACAUCAACUUUAGUUUAGUUAACUCAGUUUAGUAAACUUUAGUUUAUUUAAACCCUUUUCUGGCUCUUUACCUUAUUGUCCUAAACCAACAGGGACCAAAGUUAGCUCUCUGGCUGUUAUGGAACUAAAACUCCCAUGAUUCUUUGCUAGCUCUAGAUCUAUCUUAUGGUCACACGACCCAUGCCUGUAUAUAAUGCGGGUGGAAAUCAAUGUUUUGGUCUGCUAAUUUGAGCAUAAUCUGAAAUGCAAUUUCUAAUUAAAUUUUUUCCGAAUAUAUUUUGGAAAGCUGGUUAUCCUGUUUUAUCAUCUCACAACUAAUCUCUUCAGCAAAAAUACCCCUAAUAUUUUAUUCUCAUUUUAUUAUUAAAGUGAUUUUCACAUUAAAUCCUUAAAGGAGAUUACUAUCUCCGUAGUGUUUGGGGCAGCCAUAUAGAACGCAAGCAACUCCCACGCUGAUCAGCUGCUGCAAUAUGAAACUGGUCUAUAGUGUUAAAUGUCUUUCCUGCUUGAUACUCUAUAUAAUAAUUUACACUUCUAUGUGGACUCCCCCCUCAACAAAUGUGAAGCGGUCUGCACAAGCAGAUAAAUAUACUCUAAUCAGAAUCAGACAAGCUGAAUUAUCUGCCUGUAUGAAUGCAGAGUUAAUGGAGCUCAGAUAUGACCGACUGUUAUAGGAAUACCUGGGCACACACAGUCCGUGCUGAGGCCAUGUGAUUGAAUCCUUGGGUCCUCAGUGCCUCUCAGGAAGUAGGUCUAUCUCCUGGUGGGAGUGAUUCGGUUUAACCCUUCCUACACACAGACCAUCUCCACUCUGAAACAUUACUCCACCCACUUUAAGCUCAAUUCUGCCACUUGCAAUUCCAUUUUUGCCCUGGACAUCCCCGUUUUACUAGAACCCCCCUUUCUUGCUCCCGUUAGCAGGAGAAGGUAGCUCUCUAAUGAUCAGCAGAUAUAUAUAGAUAUAUAUAGGAUUUGUCAUCCUAUAGCUGUGAUGUAGAAUUUGUUUGGGCUUUAUAAGUAAACCAGUAUUAAUACUCUCUCUCUCUCUCUCUCUGUGACAGUGGAGACCAUCCUGGGUGUCACUGGAGCCACCAUGGGCAGUUUAAUCUGUUUCAUCUGUCCGGCUCUCAUUUACAAGAAGAUCCAUAAGAAGGGCCUUUCUUCUCAGGUCAGUGGACCAUCUCCUACACAGUAACCAUUGCUUAUUCUUUCUGUAUGUCCUUUAAUGGGUGGUGGAGUGAGAGGCUGGUCAGAGCUGCAGGCUAACUAAACACGCUGGGACCCAUGCUGUCCAGAUGUGAGAGCAAGACCCGCCAGCUCCUUAUAAUUCUGCCAACGAGUUGUUAAUUACAGACGCAGGAAGCCCCACGCCUUGACUGGUUCAGUUAAAAGGCUGAAUGAGUGUCCAGGCAGGCAAUCGGAAGUUGAAAAGGGCAAAUUAGCCGUGCUGUGCAGAGAUGAGAGCCCAUGAAUGACUGAUCAAUCUUUUGGUUGUCUUGAACUGCAGCCUGCAAAGCCAUCAGCUGGUGGCCUCAAAGAGGGGACAGACUCCAGGGACCUCAGCUAAAUAGCUAGUCAGGUCGUAAAAGGAACUUUCAAAGAAGCCAUAAAAAAGAUUGCAGGCCAGGGUUUUUUAGCUUUAAUUUCUUCUUUAAUAUAGACAUUAUAAUUCAGAACAUUUCAAAUGUGGUCUUUUUCUUGCAUAUUGUUUUAUUUGAUAUACAGCCACGGUAUUUGUAUUGGACCCGUGGGUCUGUGUUUGGUGCUUUGUCACAGUCUGUCAUUGCAGUUACAUCUUUUAGUCAAUACACAACUAUUGUUUUUUGCCCUCUGUUUCCAUUUAAGUUCUUUACAAGAAAUAGUAGUUUGUAUCUUCAAUCAUAUAUGUCAAUCUGUGUAGAGAAUGUACAUUUUAAAACUAGCAUUUAUUCCUAAUAAUUGUAAUGACAGGUGACCUAAUUAUUAAUGCAAUAUAUAGAUAAUUUGUUUAAAUAUAUGCAAAAAAUCAUAAAGUUAAAAAAACAAAACCUUUAAGUUUGCUGCAGAUUGCUCUUUGCAGCUUCUGCUGUGAGCUUUGCUCAAACAAACUAUUUGCUCUGCCAUUUCUGAUGCUCUUAAUUCCUGAUCUGCAUACCUUAUUAUGGUGCUGACAGUGGCCCUUUAACUUGUUCCAUGAUAGCCUCCGUGUACACUUCCCAUGUUGUUCUGCCAUCUGUUUGUUUAGCUAAUGUUAUCCAGUAUAGCUGUAGUGCCAAAGCUUAGGCAUCACUGAUCUAGAUUCUUAAGCAAAGAAGAUUCAGCAUAGAAUUUAUAUAACAUAUGAUUUGAUAGACACAAAAAUGCCACUUCUUUAAAGAGUUUUCCUGCUAGAUAGUCCUCUUAGCCUAUUAGUGUCCUCCUGUUAUCAUAUUCUGUCUUGCUAGAAUUGGUCUCAGACUUUCAACCUAUCAGUGAACUUGUCUUGGUGUCACGUGAUCUCCCUCUAGAAGUAGUCUGACUUUAACCUAUCAGUGAACUUGACUUUGUGUCACAUGAUAUUCCUCUAAAAUUGAAGAUUAUAUUAGCUUUAGUGUACUAAUAAUCUUAAUUUUAGUAAUGACAGGAGGCGAAUAUUUGCAUAUCUUUCUUUACUGAAAACUACAGCAGCAUAGAAACAUAACAACCAAUCAGAAAAAAGUUAUGAUGCCCAUAAAAGGCCCUGUCUAUGACAUCACUUCCUCUUUCUUUGAAGCGAAACAAUAAAUAACAACAAGAGACAUAAUCAUAUUACGUCAACAGUUCAACAACACAUUAGAAUAUCCAACUCCAUUAGUUCCGCGAUGCAGAGGUAUGGAAGGUGAAUCUUUGUCUCGAUGAGAAGACGUUCACGCUGCAAGAAAAAGAAAAAGGUGAAAGGUAUCUGGCGUGAUAACUUGUCCGCAUACAAUAAGCAUUAAGCAUCUGAUAUACCAACGAACAUUAGAAUGUGAAACAUAUCAAUAUAUAUUUAUUCUAACGCAAUGAUAUUUAAGAAUCUAUAAACACAACAUAAUGCAAGGUUCAUGUCUAAUAUUCAGCCAAUACAAGACCCACAAGAUACAGGUCCAAGUAGCAAACAUACAAACCAUACGUACUUACCUUCCUGAACAUAAAGGACAUAUUCUGUUCAACACAAGAAACAUGGGAGGGAUCCUAUAGGGUGGGAAAUAUUCGCCUCCUGUCAUUACUAAAAUUAAGAUUAUUAGUACACUAAAGCUAAUAUAAUCUUCAAUUUUACCACAUGACAGGAGGCUUCAUAUUUGCAUUUUUAAAGCUUUGAAUUGACCAAUGUGAAGGAAGCAUGAGAUGUUUGCCGAAAAUAGAAAGUUCUAAACGUACUCUCUCGCGCUCAGUCCGCGCAGCGUAUAAUGUCGGCUAGGGAAGCGUCGGCCGAAAAGGUUUGUGAGGCCGCCGCUCCCCUGACCGAGUGGGCUCCGAAACAAGGUUCGACGCUAAAGACAAAAACCAGCGGACCCAUCUGGCCAGUGUUGCGGUAGACAUCGGUCCAUGAGGGUUCACGUAAGAAGUCAGAAGGUGAUCCGUCGAAUGAGUUCGAAGGGGUAGAGAUAUUGGUGUACCCCAUUAGCGUUCUGACCACGCAUAGUGUGGCGUCUGACACAAAGCAUGGGUAUGACACUGAAGACGAAUCAGACUUAGUUCGUCUCGACAUGGUAAAGGUAACCCCGUCUGCUGUGAGAGAGAAACCAUCCAUAUCGCAAGCCCUAACGUCCACCACCGUCUAAAUGAGGCGAGGCAUAAUAAGAGGGCUAGUUUGGCGGAAAGUUGCUUCAGUGACAAACAAGGAUUGUCCGGCCAUUCCCUAAGGAAUCUCACGGUUGGCCCUGCCCGAGGGGUGUCAUGAGCAGGAGCAAUAUCUUGUGGGUGUGUGUGUGUGUAUCGAAGCACCCUUGCUAUUGUGGAGAACGGCUGGGUCGCGUUUGCAGGGGUUCAUCCAUCGCCCCGUAUCCGAAGGAAGAGUCAAAGAUCGUUUUGCCAAUCCAAGUUUGUAUGUGAAGUAAUCACCAUCGAAAUUCCAUCCUCACUUCCGCUGACAGUGGGAUCCAGUGGUCGUAUGAGUGACCGGUGCGUACGUAUCUCACCAUCAGUCGUAGUGGGCCAGGGAAUAACGCUUGUAUGGAGGAGGAGAGGAAUCCCACAGUCCAACAGCUAUCCUUAUAGAGGCGCUCUUUGCCGUAGACGGACGCGGAACGUAGUUCUCCAAGCCGAUGUCGAAACCGAGGAACUGGCCCGAUUCAGAUGGAGAAGCGAUCUUUGUCUGUGUACAACAAAAAACUCAUGGAGUCCCGAAAGUGACAACAAAUUUGUCUGCAAACGUAGCCUGGAUUUGUAAAGAAUCAGCAGGUCUUCCAGGUAUACGAGGCAUCGCACGCCCAAAUUUACGGCUGUGAGCCCUCACUGGUUACAGUAGGUUCGCGAGCACCACGGACUCGUAAACUGCCGUGUUUGUCCUCACCAUUGGAAUCGGAGGAAAACUUCGGCAGUCCAGGGCAACGGGUACUGACAAGCGUGCGUCCUUGAGGUCCAGAUGUGUAAGCCAGUCGUUAUCGCCUAGGAGGUCUUGUAGAAGACGAAUUUCCUCCAUCUUGCAGCAUUUGUAUACCAUGUAGGAGUUCCACUGAUGUAGUCUCCUGGCUUCUUCUUGACCAGGAAAAAUUUGCUGGGGAAGCCUUCCCCUCCGGUGCAUGUUGAAUUGCGCCCCUCCUGAAGAGGGUGCAGAUUUUCUUGUCCACGAGGCGUUCCUGUUCCGCCAGUGUGCGUAAUGGAGGUGAAUGGGCGACCUGCACGGCUGUGAUAAAACUCUAUGACAUAGCCUUGUACUGUCUGGAGAACCCAGGUGACUUUGGUAGUCGUCUCCCAAUUCUGUAAAACAGAGACAGGUUGCCGGUCCUAAUAUUGGAAACAGUUAGUUAUGUAGGUUGACACACUAGUAGAUGAAGCGGAUGGGUUCCUUUGUGUAGUAGAUGGGAGAAAUAUGAGGACUGUGUAUACGAUCUGGAACCUGUCGCCCAGAAGCGGCUGGUGGCUCGGUUCAGCUACCGACCAGUCCUCCCAGAAACACCUUUCCCCGUAGGGUUGUGGAAGACUUGUUUUAGCGAGGUCUGGGUUUAAUUUAGUGUGGUGAAUAAAUUCACGUGUUUCUUGAGUACUGCAAUGAACACUACGUCGAACAGUAGGCCUUGUGCUUUUGGGCCGAAUUCUUGUCGUUCCUAAGUCCAAAAGUGUGUUGUCGAUGCGGCCCAGUACAGAUUUGCGUCUGUCGGCGCAUAGUGCGUCAUUUACGCUGCCCAGGAGGCAUAUCGAGCAUUGAGACCAUUCUUUGGAGGUGGUAGGGUUGAGUUGUGUACCCUGGGGUAACUCGGUCUUGAGGCGUGCGCAUCCUUCCAUCCCCCGAGGGUUGCGCAGCCAAUAGUGUUCGUCCAGGAACGUUCCGUCUUCGGCUACUCUGGUUUAGUGCCGCUACAGUUAUCUCUGCCUCAGCCGCCGUCACAGAGUAAGGUUUCCCUAACGUACUUCGAGGAAGUGUGGGGAAGGUCUUGCCGUUCCAUUUCCUCAGACGGUGAGCUGUCUUCGUGUCGCUCAUCUACCAUGUCCAAAGUAUGUGGUGGGUAAUAGUCUUCUUUGUCGGAAGAUUGUGGCGGACGGGGUUUGGAUUCCCGGUGCUCCGCCUAUUUGGUCUGUUCGAUGGGCGUCUUGCCCUUGACCUUAGUGGCAGGGGGGCUGGAGCCCUUCCCUUGCCAUUUUGACUUGAAGGCUUGUGGGCCUGAGGUCUCCAUCAAGCGGUGUGGGGUAGAGUUCAUAACAGAACCUUCUCCACUGAGGCCGUUACUGUGGCGUUUAUCAUUGCCUAGAAAUCUUGGGAACGUUGAGAGUGUCCACCAUGACUCGUUCCGUCCUGUUGGGAGAUAGUGUGAGGGUCAGCACGUAGGGGUGUUAGACUCCUGGUAGAACUGGGGAUCACCCAGGUAAAACGGUUUGAAUUGCCUGCUUUAGUAUGUCUGAGAGUAUGAAUACUCGUGCCAAGUGUAGAGGGGUCACCUCUAUUAGUUUAAUCUGGCUACUGAGAGCCGUGGUGCAGGCGCGACUGACUGGUAGUGGUGUCGGUCUGGCUAGCCGGGUUCACCACAAAUGUACGCCAAUGCUGUAUGCACGGUUUUUAACUAUACAGGCUUAUUAUAUAGGCGCAUGGGGCCUGUCUCUAUAAGGUCUGCAGCCGCAGGACCCAUGUCUAUUAGGCUGGGUUCAUCCCAGGUGGUGUGCCAUGGUAACCCAGAGGACACCCAUAUUAUAAUUAUUGGCACCUUACAAGCAUUGCAUGCAUAUCUGGGGGUCAUCCCAGGUGGUGUGCCAUGAAAAAUUACCCAGAGGACACCCACGUUCAAUAUGUACACUAGGCACAGUAAAUAUACAUAUAUGUAUCCCUGUGAAGGGUACACCGCAAUACACUCAGUUUUCUUAGUGAUCCUGCCGUCAAAUCGCAUCCGGCAUGGUACUGUUGCUUUAAUGUAAAACUGACAGGCAGUGUUUAACCCCUUAAGGACACAUGACAUGUGUGACAUGUCAUGAUUCCCUUUUAUUCCAAAAGUUUGGUCCUUAAGGGGUUAAACAUCCAUAUAUGUCUGUAGAAAUCAGUGGUAAAGUUGAGGCGUAGGCCUCCGUGCAUAUGAUCGGGGUUCACCCCGGGUGGUGUGCCAUGGUAACCCAGAGGACACCCACAUAAAUUUGCACCGUCAGGUACAGUAAUAUAAUAUGACCCUCUGUAGGGUACAAUAAUAUAAUAUAAUAUGCCCUUUGUAGGGUACAGUAACACAAUAUGCCCUUUGUAGGGUACAGUGAUAUAGUUGAUCUUGUUAUAGGUACAGUAUAUGUUUUGUAUAACGACUGUGAUAUUGUAUGGCUUCACAAUAAUACAUAGAUUGUGUGCCUGCUCAACAUAUAAUCAUCCAGUGUAAGGCACCAUGAGAGAUAUAUCCAUGAGAAUAAAAAAUAAUAAUUGUAUCAAUAAAUGAAUGUGCCCAGAGAGGGGGACCCCUGAAGGGGUUAAUCCAGAUGCAGGGCGCGGUGAUCGGGUGAUUCCUGUAGGGUAUAGUAAUAUAGUAUGACCCUGUGCAGGGUAUAGUAAUAUGGUAUGACCCUGUAUAGGGUAUAGACCCCGAGUAAGGUACAAAGACAUAAUCUCCUUUAAUGCCUGCAUGUAAGUAUUUGUUUGGCAGACACUGUUGGCAGGCACUGUGGCAAAAUACAUCGAAAGAAUACAUGGAUAAAAAACUGAAAUCCAGCUUGCACUCUCCCAUUGUUCACUUGGGAGAGCAUACACUUGUGGAGCCCGGCAGUCGGGUGAGUUCCCGAUCCGCUGAGCGAGCAGGGAAGGCGGCCGUCGGGUAUCUCGCGAGCCGCGAGCCAAGAUGGCCGCCGCCCACAUGUGAAGGUGUGCCGCGGAUCGCGGUCGCGCGGUGCAAAACAAAGGGGAUAAAUGCAACACAAACGCUGACCCCAGCCUCCCUCCACCCGUCCCCAUACAGUCCCCUGUGUAAGUGAAGGGCCGGUCCGCGAGGCGAGCGCGACACGGGUAGUCGUUGCGCCCACGGAUACCAGGCAGUAAGGUGGAAAUAAAAAGGGGGAAAAAACAGAGGGAUACAGUGAAGGGACAGGAAUAAGGGGGGCCAAGGUAGCAGGUGUUAGCAAUAAAUAGAGUAAUAUAUAGUGGUAUGACAAUAAAAAAAAAAAAAACAGUGUAAAUUAAGAAUCUACCAGAGAGGUAAAAUACUCUGACCUGAUGUAUGGCUGGAGCAGCAAAGAAAGAGGAAGUGAUGUCAUAGACAGGGCCUUUUAUGGGCAUCAUAACUUUUUUCUGAUUGGUUGUUAUGUUUCUAUGCUGCUGGAGUUUUCAGUAAAGAAAGAUAUGCAAAUAUGAAGCCUCCUGUCAUGUGGUAAAAUUAGACUUUAAGCCUAUCCAUGACCAUGCCUUGUCACAUGAUGUAGUGCUAGACUUAAUCUCAACCCUUAUCUACUGUCAUGUGCCAUCUCUCUAGAACUAGUCUCGGCCUUCAGUCCUAUGUUUCAGAAUUAGUCUCCGCCUUUAUGAUGCCUUUUUUAUGUACUCUGAUAAGUAAAUGGAACAGUAAAUGUUAAUUAGCCUUGAUGUAUUCUUCAUGAUAGAAGGUGAUGUACAAAGACAACCUUGGGGCAUAAGAAGGAAUCGGCAACCAGCCAAUUAUAGCCCAUGAUUUCUCUUGUUCUAUAGACCAGAGCUAUCCAAUCCUUGGCCCUGCAGCUGUUGGACUAGAUUCCCCAUAAAUCUCUGCCAGUCCAAUUUUAUAGAUCUAUAUAGAUACAUUAAAUAAAUCUAAUACUUUAAACACUGUUGAGGUGAGAUAUAACUUGUUAUUGCGAUUGAACAUUUAACAUACUACUCUUUAUACAGAGUUUCAUUUAGAACCCAACUCUUACAAAGGUUAAAUGUUUUGAAUGCACUUCCACAGUAUUCGUUUUUCUCCAGAAUUGAUCUAAUGCACCCCCACGGUUAGCUUUUUACAAUCUGUCAGUGGCGCUGGUUCAUACUACAGUAGAUUGACCGAGCACCCUGUCCUAGUGAGGAGGCAGCUUGUGAGAGUCUCCCAGCGGGCAAUGGCUGACUGUGUCCAAGUGGAAACAAAUUAGUGACCUCAAUUGCUCUCCAAACACAGGCUGCGUUAAAGCUGAUCUCUGGCUGGAGGACUCACAGGAAACCGGAGGAAAGGGAAACAUUAGACUGUUAGGAAAUCUAGGUCAGGUCGCAGCCAUAGAACCCAUCCUGGUUAGAACACAGGCCUAGGGAGUGGCUCGGGACACGUUGCUUAAAGCCAUGUCGUUAUUCUGGGAUUAAGGAGCGGCAGUUAGAAUAUUAUCCCGCAGCAGAGCAGAUGGGGCUAUAAUUCCUUCUGUCAGCAGAGAGAUUCUCAUAAUCCAAACUAUACAUUGGCAUCGGAGUGUGAUUUCCAAGCCACUGUUGCUUCCUUGAGCACAGCAGAGAUGCUAGUUUUGUGACCAGUGAUGAUGCAGAGGUGUUGUGUAAAUCAGGAUGCAUCAUCUUGAUCACCAGGAUGUAUGGUGGGGGGGCCUGGAGACAGUUUCUUCCUGGUUUCUGAACACCUGGGUCUGUACACGCCAUUUCCUGUCUGCAAGGGAAAUGCUGAGAUUACAGAACAGCAGCAAUUUAAUGGCCUAUAUAACACAGAAACUCAGUUUUCCAUUUCCCAGGCUAGAGGAAGUAAUUGGAGAGGUUAUAAACAGAAGAAUACAUUAAAUAAUAUGUAAUCGAUUAAAACUGGGGAAAAUAUUCUCUGUUUUAUUCAGUAAACACUGAAUCGUAGUGAAUUCCAAACCAGAUUGCACAAUGCAGUGAAACAUGACCAAGGCUUGACUUAUAUUUUCCAAACUUGCUGGUUUUGAAUUAAUUUAGCAAUCUGGUUUUCAAUUCACUACAAUGGUUAGUGGAUAAUCCCAUUGUUCAUUAUAAAUGUCCCAUUCUGGAACUGGGUCUUAAAAGGUCCUCCACAUUGUGCUUAUUGCAUACCAUUUAAUUGGUUAUCAAUACACCAUACACAAUAAUGUCUUCUAGAACUAGCUUAGUACAAUACAUACAUUGCUUUUGCUAAAAUGAUGUCACUGUGUCUUGCAGUGAUUAUAGUGUUAGUUUAUUCCAUCGGCAGUGAAAUCUAUUUCUGGAUUGGGUUGUUUGGGCCUCUGUGCACUUCCACAAGGCAUAUCUUUAUAUCCUAGUUUUCCUUUAGCAGUGCAUUCUGGGAUAAUUAUGGGAGAGUCCAGAUGCGAACACAACCAUAGUUGCCAGUUAGGAAGUAAGGAAAAGAUUUGAUCUAUGCACUUGCUGGUGGUUUUUCUAGCUUAUUAAGCAGAUCAUAUUAUAUUGCUUGACGUUCAUGUUUGGGUGGUAGGUCCACUUUACGGAUGUUAAAGAACACUCUUUUAAAGCACUCUCUGUUCCUUUACAGUUUAUCCUGGCAGUUGGCCUGGUGGUUCUGGUGAUCAGUACCUACACUACUCUGACGGUGACAGGGGAGACUUCAGUACUAACCAAAGUCGACCCUCAGAAGGAAGGGGGGAUUAAGGAUUUAGAGGUGGAACCAGUGCCAAAGCUUCCCGUAUUACCAGGUGUAGUAUCUGCAUACAAUGUACUCCAGCAGGACUGUUGAUUGCUGCAGCGUAACUGAGGCUGCAUAUUACCUGGGGCUUGCAUUGGUUUUCAGGGAUAACCCAUUUAGUAGUUAAAAACAUUCAGGACAUGUACAUGGAAUUGAUCAGAUCACUGUUAAGUUAAAGCUCUGGCUUGAUAGUUAAAGGAUUGAAAAGUGUCCAUGCCAUCAUCCGUAUCUGGUCCCUAAGUGUGCAUAUCUCCUGUUAUUUUCCCUCUGUCAUGCUAUACAGCCCGGCUAAUGCUAAAUACCUUUCCAUCCAGACCAGGGUCUAUAAGAACCACAUUGUCAGGAUGACAUAAACCCGAUAUUGAUUUAUAUCCAUGAAUGUAUCUAUUGACACUCCACAACACCAGUUUGGACCACUGUGAGCAUACUUAAAAAUCAGAUAAUAUCCUGUAAUGGAUGUGGGAUCUGGCCUGACAUUUUCUUUAUGAAGGGUUAUUGUCUUGUCAAUCAAUAUAAAUAAAGUACUUGUAAUAGGAAUGAAUAGAUGAGUACAUUCAAAAAAUGUUCAUACCCGCCUUCACUUGCAACUAAUGUAAAACUUAAUUUAAUACCUCUGCCCUCUACAGGCAGUUUAUACACAGUGCAAGUUGUGGUAUACAGGGUUUUUAAAGGGACACUCCAUUGUCCAAAUACCCCCCCCCCCGAAUUUUUUUUCACAAUUUAGUAGAUAUAGCAUAUUGAAAACAAUUUGGAAAAACAGUAACUUAAAGGGAUGGUGUGGGAGAAAAGGUGAGUAAAAUCAUCGUAGAGGGGCGGUCACCUAAACAGCCACUUCAGCACUAUAUAUUUUUUUUGAAAUUCUUUAUUUUGUAUUGACAUACAAUAAAGGAGAUAAUAAUUAGCAGAUAUAUUCGGUAAAAAAAAAACAGAAACAGUUUGAAAUCAGUUCGUAUAUUCCACUCUUUGUCAAAUAAAGCUUAGGGUAAUGGCAUAUGUAUCGUAAUUGUCGGGUCUGAUUUGUGUGUUGUUGUAGGUGGUUCCUUGCUUUCUCUUUUUUAUCAUAUGCUAAGCAUUAUUUUGCUCCGUCAUCGGAGAUCGCCUAACACGGCGGUGUGUGGAUAGGAAGGAUCACAAACAAUUCUUACGUUCCAUGUUUGAGAUAUAUGUCUGUCUCUCAGGAAUGCCUCAAGGUAGUCAAUAUUUUUGAUUUUUAUAAAACAUUAAAGAAUAUAAAGAGAGAAAGGAAAAAGUAAAGAUCCGAAAGGGUGGAGAGGGGUGGGGGGGAGGCUUCCCAUGAAUGGAGUGGGUUGAUUGACAGGCGGGACAUGUUCGUAUUAACUUCCUAGGUUAGCGCUUUCCCAGGGUUCCCAGAUCUUCUGAAAAGUUUUUAAUGAGCCCCUUAUCCUAGCCGUUAGGUUGUCCAUCAAGUGGACCUCUUUUAUCCUGUUUAUCACUCCUGCCAUGGGUGGUGUGCCCGGUUUAAGCCACUCUGAGCUGCUAAUAUAAUUUUGUGGAUGAACUUUUGUUCAUGCCUAGUCCAACCAUCUAUGGAUCUGUUUAAUAAGAAUAGCCAUGGAUCUAGGUCUGGGGCUCUAGAAAAAACCUGCAAUAGCAGGGCCUGUAUUAGUUUCCAGAAUUUGACCAUCUGAGGGCAUUCCCACCACAUGUGGACAUAAGUCCCCCACAAGAAACAGCUCCUCCAGCACACAUCUGUAGGGUUUUCUUCUCAUUUGAUGUAGUUUAACCAGUGUAGUAUACCAGCGAAGCAUAGUUUUGACAGAUUGUUCCUGUAGGGCAACGCAUACGGAAGAGGUAUGGUUAGCCUCCCAAAUCUCUUGCCAUUCUAUGCCUUCCAGUAUUUCCCCUAGGUCUUUCUCCCAUUGAUCUGUAUAGGCUAGCUUACCCCAAUCCCCGGCUUCUGAACAGAGGCGAGCAUACAUAAGCGUUAUCAUGCCUUUAGGUAUGGUUUCUUGAAGGCAAAUGCGUUCAAAGAAAGUCAUCUUUUGCAGGGCUGCCGCUUUGAUGUGUGCUAAUUUUGUGUAAUCUUUAAGUUGUAUGUAUCGGAAAAAAUCUGAGGGGGCAAGGUGUCCCUACUGUCUUAACGUAUCAAAAGGGAUGACCUCUGUUCCCUGAUACAAUUGGAGCACUAUAGUUUAAGGAAUUCAUGUUUGUAUUCAUGACACUAUGGUGUUCCUUGAAGUAGGAUUGCAUGUUUGGACAUCUGAUCCCUAACAGUGAUGGAACUGCAUGUUUCUUGAUAAUCACCUUUCAUUCAAAGACAACAGGAUUGUUUGCCAGAGCAUUACUGUGUUGUAUUUCCAACAUGUGAUAGUUUGAGAGCUACUCCGGCACUCUAUACAAGAAUAGAAGGGCUAGAAACAAGGCCCUGUGCCACCCAGAGGGUUAACUACCAAAUAUGGCAAUAUACCUAGAGUGUUAGGGAUAUAAGCAGGGUAUGUAUGACCAUCAAGGCCUGAAAUAGUUUAUAAAAAUGUCUCAAGUAUGGUCUUAUUUCAGAAACCAUUUAACUGAAUUUUGAGACAAUCUGGCGAUGUCCAGGUUGAAAUAAUAGGAGCUGUGUGCAGCACAUAGUAAUCCCCAUCAAUGUGUUACAUAGCUAACUGAUAUGAUAAUAUGGGUGUAUAGACACUGUAGCAACGAAGCACAAUCUACACAUACAGUUAGUAUGUUCUAACUGGAUCUGUACACUUAGCAAGAAAGCAUAAGAUGAUGGGUCAUCCAACACAUCGCAAAUAUACUGUACCAGUCCUUAUCCUGGGCUGAAAUAUCCCCAUGGUCAUCAAGAGGUUACACUAGCCUUUAGCGAUCCUGUAAUAAAUUGGUACACCUAGUUUAAUUAGCCGUAGUAGGACCGUAUAGAGCUUCUGAUGGAAAAGAAACAGAGCAUUGCAUCUUUGGAAAGUUCUGAAAUAUUUUUUCUCCUGUAUAAGUAAAAUUUUAGUAGAGUGGCACGUCUGAGGGACAUUUAUCUUAAAACACGUUUCCAUGUUUAUAUCAUUAUAACAGAAUUAGUCACUUCUAGAGAAUUUAUAUUAGUGUGACUGUGAAUCUAUGCAGGAGUGUCGCUUCCGGUGCAAUAUAAAGGGUUAUAUAGGGUUAACCUACAUUACAUUCACCUGUUCCACCCAGGUACAUUAUACUCUGUAUACCCUAUUAUAGCCAUCUUUAAAGGCUGCCUAACUCUGGCUUACAGGACCUCUCUAUUGCUGUAUGAGGCCCCCCCCCCCCAACAAUCAGGGCUUCCCUAGCUUCUACUUCGUUAACACUGUCAUUCCAUUUCUGCAGGGAAGCUUAUCAUAAAACAGUUUAACCUGGUCUCCCCACACCUCCUACUCUGUUAGAUCUUUAACUCAGAUAAUGCUUUGCCAGCCUCCUAGCAGCUGGAGGUCUGCCUACUUUUAUUGUCACCCCUGCUCUGGAGUGUAAGCCCAUUGAGCUAGUUUUGUGAUUCCUACACCAUCGUAUAAUAUGUACAAGGCCAAAUGAUUGAUACUUUUUUUUUUUUUGUCUGGCUAAAUUGUUUUAAAUAAAUAGAAUUAAAAGAGAAUUCAUAAAUGUUUGCCAUCACUGGAGAUAUAUUGAAAAUAUCUCACAAAAUAGGACAAAUUAUAAUGUUAUAUAAAUUACCCUUUUACCUGCGUUCCACACCCACAUUGUUCAUUUCUCUUUUUUCCCCACUUUUUGUUUUCUUGUGGGAGAAUAGUGCAGCUGGGGAAAAAGUUAAUCGCAAUAUGUCUUUAAUUCAAAAAGCGUAAGUUUCACGAUUAUCACUGCUCCUUCAAUUCAAGUCGUUUGCAAAGUACAAGGUCGACAACAAAGAUUUCAUCAGUAGUUCAUUAAGGGAUUGUGUCUGUGUCUGGCUGCAGGAAGGUGGGGGACGCUCCCCAGGCAGCAUAUUUUGAAUCCAGAGUUAUAUUUGGAUGAACGCCUUGCCUACCCUUCCCCCGAAUAAUUUACAUGUUUUUAUAUAUUUUUAAUCUUUGUUGCUCCACUCCCAAUCACAGCUGCGCCCUCCGCUGGGACACUGUGGCGAAACUCCUACAUGCGCAUUGUUACAUCUGUAGUGAUGGCAAAAACCUUUCAGAAAAUGAAAGAAUACAUUGUACAUAAUAGCAGGAUGUAGAAAAUGACACAUUGAAAACUGUGGGUAACAUGAUAUAAUAUCCAAUAUCAUUUUAUAGCUUUUAAAUCCUUGAGAUGUUAAAGAUUUCACUGAGUGUGUUUGCUUUAGUCUAAAGAUAACCAUGUUUUCUCCUCUCCAAAAGCUUUUACUGAGGUUAAAGAUUGGACUUCCCCCUCCGUCUGCUUUAUCGUUGGUGUUUCUCUAUAAACCUGCUAAUUCUAGGUGUGCCUUUAGACUUUCAGUACAUCAGGAACAGCCGAGCCUUGUGGGGGGCAUUUGAGAUUGUUUUGGGACACCCCACCUCCUCCUUAACCUGUACUGGAACAAUUAUUGUUUAUGAUCUCUGAAUUCCAGCUGCUUCCUGGCAUUGUAAGAGGGAGGAGGAGAGGGCAGGGGGGGGCAUCAUUUGUGUCCUGUUUAUUCUUCCUCCCAGCCUUGAAACUUUAAAGGAACUCUUAUCAUCACCAUACUGUUUAAUCUUCGCUAGAUUUGUACACAGUGCAUUCACACAUCCUUUUGUUGUCUGGUAUAAUAAAAGAUUAUAAAGGCUAGUUAGUUUAAGAUUGCAGGUACAUUGAGAGCUGAAAUGCAUUAUAAAAAUAAAUAAAUCCGUUUCUAAUGUAUUAUAGUAUGCAGUAAAGGGGAAAACAUUGGUACUAAGGGAGUGAUUUGUAAUCUGUGACAUUGCAUUGAAAUAACUAAACAUUAUGGUAAUUUGUCUGUGGAUAGCCAUGACUAUUGUAUGGGAGUUAUUUACUAAACAGAGAGUUGUAGUGAGCUGAAAUUCAGCUUUCAAUCACCGCACUUGGUUAGUGAAUAAACAACAAUCGCCCUCUCUGUCUCAUUGGAGAUUUUACCGUUUAGCUGUAAGCAGCACGGUGAAUUGUUAGAACUCACCAAAAAGGUUGAUGCGGCAGGUGAGCUGACACUUUAAUGGCCUUUACCAUGUUACUAAAACUCGCCUGAUAUCUAGAUGUGCGUAGGGAUUUGGUAUAGUGCACGGAUAACGUUUCGCUUUUCUGUGUGUGUUGUAGUUUUUUUUUUAAUUUGGCCAUUGAACACUGUAUCUGUUGCUGCAAACCAAAAGUAGCAGAUUUAAUUGGCUGGCUCAGGUUUAUGGGAGUUGUAGUUUUAGAACUGCCGGGAACUACCUUUUUGGUAAACCCAUCCUUAGUUUCCCACUAAGAAGCCCUUCAUCCACUGAUAGUAGAUUGUUUGUAUGAAGGCCACAUUUUGCUCCUUUCUAUAGCGAAACACUGCCCCCUGCUGGUAACAGAAUUGCUCUCCGAAGCUUACUGUAUUUAACACAUUACGCAGGACAAGUGGUUUUGCGUCAUUAUUAUUAUUUCCAUUUGUAUUUUAUUUAUUUAUUACUGGCAUUUAUAAAGCGCCAACGUAGUGCUAAAUUAUUCCACAGCGCUUUACAAUAUGAGACCAUUACAAAAUCUUACAGGAACAAUAGUUUGAUAAGGACCUUGCUCAAAAGAGCUUGCAAUCUAGAGUUCCUUUCCCUGAGAACCUGCGUCUUUCUCUACAGCUGAUAACCCAAAGGUUGAUGAGCCGGCUGAUGACAGAGACAAACCCAAGAAGCCAGAGAUGGAACAGCCACAGAUUAAAGGGCCCAUUGAUGUUCCAGAUCAACAGGAGGAAGUGGUGGUCAAGAGGAAAAAGGAGGAGGACCAGCUGGACAGACCUGGCCAAGGUACCAUCCAGUGGGAAGAAUUGUUUUUUAUUAAUACGUUCCGGUAUGUCUCCAAGCUAUGCUAGCAAUAGUACGGUUUGCUCCGUGUGAUGUGUAAAUGGCGAUUCUCUGGUAAAUGUCAGGUAGGGGCCUUGUGAUAUGACAUAGCAUUCUUCCUUUCUGGAGAGCAGUAUUAAUAAAUAUCUUGUUUCCCUGUGUCAUAACUGUAUUCUGUGUCUGUUACAAUCCACACCCCUCCUGUGAGUUCUACAAAACCUCAGCUCUGACACUAGUAAUUGUAUCAUUGAAAUGAAUAGACAUUCUAACUCUGGUAGGUAACAUGCAUACACCUCUAGACCUGAAUCUCUGUUUUCCUCACACCUGAAGAUUCUGCCAGAACUAACAUCCACACAACAGAUGGCAGUACCAUCUGUAAUAAAGUCCUGUGAUUAGCUUAGAUUAUGUGUACAAUACCUGUAGACUGCCUGUCGUUGUAUGUGUAUGGAUCUGAUAGAUGUAAGACCUAUUCUGAGUUAUUCACAGCCUGGCCAUUGGAUUUUACCAACUUACGGUGGGUUUAUUUUAGUAAAAGAAUUAUCCUUUGCACAUUAUUACCAAUGGAUGCCUAGUUUCACAGGCUGCAUGACGCCCUAGCUGUUUUCCUAAUGUCUCUAUGGGUUCGCUUCUGUGUCAUUCAUCGGUCACGGUGUCCAGCCUCUUGCAAGUGUAAAAUGCAUAACGUUGUUAGAAGACAGCAAUGAUAUUCUAGCAGUUUUCCUCAAACUAUUUAAGAUAUGAAUAUUCCUUACAUAUAAGCUGUGUGAUUGGCAAGCCAGGGCAUGAUUUUAUACAAAACAUGUUUUACAUUACAAUUGCUGCAUGCUUCAUACUGUUUUUCCUCUGUUACAUAUCUCACACAAUUUUGUGCAUAUAAUGACAAGUUUACUCCCGUGCAAUUUGUUGUUUCGGUUAACUUAUUUAAACAUUGAUCCUUGGUGGGUAGUUGGGGGUGUAUCUCCUAACAUUGAUCUCACUCUGUCUACUACCCAAAAGGCAUUGCAGUCCCUGUGGGUGAGGCUCACAGACACGAACCGCCAGUGCCACGAGAUGAGGUUGCUGUGGAUGAGAGAAAAGAUCACGAGGAGUCUAAUGAGAAGAAGCGCCCGGCUGACGGGGCUAAUAAUGUCUUGGUAGAGGGGGGGGACAAACAAGAUAAUAAACCAGACGAGAAAGACCAGCCUCCCCCCAUCAAGGACGACAAUGAACAAGCACCGCAACAGCCACCGCAGAAAGAAGGCGACUUCGACAAAGUGCAGGAAAAUAAGGCUCCCGUCAUGGAUCAGCAGAAGGAGCAACCACCGUAUAAAGAGAUCAAGGCUGCUGCCAAAAAUGUUGAUACUCCUGAGGAGGAAAUAAAGAACCCGGUAGUUCUACCAGUAGUUGAAGGCGAGAAAAACAAUCUGGACCAGCUUGAAAAAGCACUGGAGAAUCAACUCAUUGCAGGUAGGAGGAAACUGGGCAGCCAUGUAUAAGAUGAAAGCACAUCUAGAAUAUCUGACUAUACAUUGUAACAAUAGUGCUGUGAUUUUAGCUUUCUCUGGUGUUUCCGGUCAUUUAACUCCGGACGUAUGACCAUUUAGACACAAUUAUUAUUUUUAUUUCUUUGUUUAUAGAUGGAAAGGAGGCAGUAGCGGUUGAACCUGAACAACUAGAAAUCCGCAAUGCUGAGAAGAAGGCGGGUGAGAGCCAAGAAGGUGAGUAUCUGCCCGGAGCUGUCACGCAUCAUGUAAAUUACGCAAUAGGACUAGAUCGUUUCAUGGCUGAAUAUUAUUAGAGUGAUUGGAGAGUUGGACUAGAGCGUUUCAUGGCUGAAUAUUAGUAUUGUGAUUGGAGAGUAGGACUGGAUCUUUUCAUGGCUGAAUAUUAUUAUUGUGAUUGGAGAGUAGGACUGGAUCGUUUCGUGGCUGAAUAUUAUUAUUGUGAUUGGAGAGUAGGACUGGAUCGUUUCAUGGCUGAAUAUUAUUAUUGUGAUAGGAGAGUUGGACUAGAUCGUUUCAUGGCUGAAUAUUAUUAUUGUGAUUGGAGAGUAGGACUGGAUCGUUUAAUGGCUGAAUAUUAUUAUCGUGAUUGGAGAGUAGGACUGGAUCGUUUCAUGGCUGAAUAUUAUUAUCGUGAUUGGAGAGUAGGACUGGAUCGUUUCAUGGCUGAAUAUUAUUAUUGUGAUUGGAGAGUAGGACUGGAUCGUUUCAUGGCUGAAUAUUAUUAUCGUGAUUGGAGAGUUGGACUGGAUCGUUUCAUGGCUGAAUAUUAUUUUGAUUAGGGAGUAGGACUAGAUUGUUUCAUGGCUGAAUAUUUUCGGGAUUGGAGAGUAGGACUUGAUCGUUUCAUGGCUGAAUAUUAUUAUUGUGAUUGGGGAGUAGAACUAGAUCGUUUCAUGGCUGAAUAUUAUUAGUGUGAUUGGGGAGUAGAACUAGAUCGUUUCAUGGCUGAAUAUUAUUAGUGUGAUUGGGGAGUAGAACUAGAUCGUUUCAUGGCUGAAUAUUAUUAUUGUGAUUGGAGAGUAGGACUGGAUCGUUUCAUGGCUGAAUAUUAUUAUUGUGAUUGGAGAGUAGGACUGGAUCGUUUCAUGGCUGAAUAAUAUUAUUGUGAUUGGAGAGUAGGACUGGAUCGUUUCAUGGCUGAAUAUUAUUAUUGUGAUUGGAGAGUAGGACUGGAUCGUUUCAUGGCUGAAUAUUAUUAUUGUGAUUGGGGAGUUGGACUAGAUCGUUUCAUGGCUGAAUAUUAUUAUUGUGAUUGGAGAGUAGGACUGGAUCGUUUCAUGGCUGAAUAUUAUUAUUGUGAUUGGGGAGUAGAACUAGAUCGUUUCAUGGCUGAAUAUUAUUAUUGUGAUUGGGGAGUUGGACUAGAUCGUUUCAUGGCUGAAUAUUAUUAUCGUGAUUGGGGAGUAGCACUUGAUGUUUUCAAGGGUGAAUAUUCUUUUCAAAAGUUUAUUCAUUCAUUAAACCAGGGGUGUCAUAAUUCCACUUUUACACAUUACUUAAAACUAGCGGAGGAGGUACUCUUUGUAUCUACUAUGCUUACACUUAGUUAUUAUUGCUUCAACUGAAAGACUAUUUCAAGAAUCUAUGUGCUUUAAAUGGCAUGUCUGUUGAAACCUGUCGACCUUGCCUGUAUUCUACAUAUUGUUAUAUAACAUGGCCUUCUUUGGGCAUGAAAAGGUGUCAAAAUAUGGUAACACCAAACUUGCACACACCUCUGCGAGCACAUAGUUUUAUUUAUUUUUUUGAUUAUAGCUCAUCAGCCAGCCAAAGAUGUAAUGCUAAAAAAUAGUUUUCUAGAUUACAACUUCCAUUAUAGUCAACCAGUCAUAAGCCUGAAAGAUCGGACGUUAGUAACACCAAUAAAUGCCAAGUCUUGACCGGUCUGUCAGGGAAGCUUUAAGUAGAUUCUGGUUUUACUGCAGAGUUUUACUGUACAAUAUUUUGUCUUCCGUCUUUCUUUCUUGCAUGCCAUCCUGGGACCCUCACAGCCAAACUUAGAAGGCUAGCAGAACGUAAGCAUGCCUGUGUUUUGCAGUAUUACAUGGCUAACUGUUAAUCUGUGUCAGAAGAUUCAGUACCACAUUUAUACUUAAUAAAUACUUGUAAAAUAAUACUGUGGCCGUACAUUGAAGACCAAAACAACAACUUUCAAACUUCUUGUUUUCCCUUUAUGAAAAGCUCUCCCUUCCCCCAACCCCCAAAAUGUAUUUUUCUCCAUUUGUUUUGAUCUUUACUUAGAGAUGUGAUAAAGAUCUCCCUUCACCAUCUCUUUCAUUUGUUCCAUUUUGCAGUAUUCCAUCAGCCUGGUCACAAGGUUCUGGUGCUUUUUAAUAUAAAGCUUUGCCCCACUUAAAAACAAGCGAAGCUCUGUGUCUCCACCUGUCCUAGAGGAUGCCAUUUGUUUUAUUUAGAUAUUUAUCAUUUCCAUAAUUCUCGCGUUUAUUUGGCCAUUUUACUUUCGAUUAACGAACAGGAGAUGAGAUAGCUGUGUAAAAGCAUUAUUGAUGGUAUUUAUUUUCUAUUGGCCAAGCUGAGCUUUGAGGUUUGACAACUGACUGGAUGACUUGCUUUUCUAACCGUAGACUAACACGGGCUCGUCACGUGACCAUUGCGAUACCAAGUCAUAGUAAAAAAGUUUCAUUCACCUCUUUAUUCUUUAUGCAUUUAGAAGCGGGGAAAGCGGAGAUUCUGGAUCACGCCAUAUUGCUCCAAGUUAUCAAGGAACAGCAGGUGCAGCAGAAACGCUUACUAGAUCAGCAGGAGAAGCUGUUAGAAGUGAUCAAAGAACAACACAUGGAAAUCCACCAGCAGAAGGAAGAGGUGGAGCAGCAAGGUUGGUAUAAAAACUAGAAUCGGGCUUCUAGUGUUCUAUGUAGCAAGCCUGGCUUCCAGGGUUUAUGAGGAUAUAAAACAAUCUGGAACUUGUGUUCAUUUCAGAAAGGUAAAUCCUAUACAAUGUGCAGUAAGAACUAUCCUCUAACAGUAAUAAGUGGGAGAGUAACAUAGAAACAUAGAAUGUGACGGCAGAUAAGAACCAUUCGGCCCAUCUAGUCUGCCCAAUUUUCUAAAUACUUUCAUUAGUCCCUAGUCUUAUCUUAUAGUUAGGAUAGCCUUAUGCCUAUCCCACGCAUGCUUAAACUCCUUUACUGUGUUAACCUCUACCACUUCAGCUGGAAGGCUAUUCCAUGCAUCCACUACCCUCUCAGUAAAGUAAUACUUCCUGAUAUUAUUUUUAAACCUUUGUCCCUCUAAUUUAAGACUAUGUCCUCUUGUUGUGGUAGUUUUUCUUCUUUUAAAUAUAGUCUCCUCCUUUACUGUGUUGAUUCCCUUUAUAUAUUUAAAUGUUUCUAUCAUAUCCCCCCUGUCUCGUCUUUCCUCCAAGCUAUACAUGUUAAGAUCCUUUAACCUUUCCUGGUAAGUUUUAUCCCGCAAUCCAUGAACCAGUUUAGUAGCCCUUCUCUGAACCCUCUCUAAGGUAUCAAUAUCCUUCUGAAGAUACGGUCUCCAGUACUGUGUACAAUACUCCAAGUGAGGUCUCACCAGUGUUCUGUACAAUGGCAUGAGCACUUCCCUCUUUCUACUGCUAAUACCUCUCCCUAUACAACCAAGCAUUCUGCUAGCAUUUCCUGCUGCUCUAUUACAUUGUCUGCCUACCUUUAAGUCAUCAGAAAUAAUCACCCCUAAAUCCCUUUCCUCAUAUGUUGAGGUUAGAACUCUAUCAAAUAUUCUGUACUCUGCCCUUGGGUUUUUACGUCCAAGAUGCAUUAUCUUGCACUUAUCCACAUUAAAUGUCAGUUGCCACAAUUCUGACCAUUUUUCUAGUUUACCUAAAUCAUUUGUCAUUUGGCUUAUCCCUCCUGGAACAUCAACCCUGUUACAUAUCUUAGUAUCAUCAGCAAAAAGACAUACCUUACCAUCAAGACCUUCUGCAAUAUCACUAAUAAAAAUAUUAAAGAGAAUGGGUCCAAGUACAGAUCCCUGAGGUACCCCACUGGUGACAAGUCCAAGCUUCGAAUAUAUUCCAUUAACUACAACCCUCUGUUGCCUGUCACUCAGCCACUGCCUUACCCAUUCAACAAUAUUGGAAUCCAAACUUAAAGAUUGCAGUUUAUUGAUAAGCCUUCUAUGUGCAACAGUGUCAAAAGCCUUACUGAAAUCUAGGUAAGCAAUGUCUACUGCACCACCCUGAUCUAUAAUUUUAGUUACCCAAUCAAAAAAUCAAUAAGAUUAGUUUGGCAUGAUCUCCCUGAAGUAAACCCAUGUUGUCUCUGAUCUUGAAAUCCAUGUGUUUUUAGAUGUUCAACAAUCCUAUCCUUUAACAUGGUUUCCAUCACUUUCCCCACUACUGAAGUAAGGCUUACUGGCCUAUAGUUGCCCGACUCCUCCCUAUUACCUUUCUUGUAAAUGGGCACAACAUUCGCUAACUUCCAAUCUUCUGGGACUACUCCUGUUAACAAUGAUUGGUUAAAUAAAUCUGUUAAUGGUUUUGCUAGUACACCACUAAGCUCUUUUAAUAGCUUUGGGUGUAUUCCAUCAGGUCCCAUUGACUUAUUUGUCUUUACUUUUGACAGUUGAAAUAGAACCUCUUCCUCUGUAAACUCACGUGUAAUAAAUGACUCAUUUAUCCUUUUUCUCAACUGAGGUCCCUUUCCUUCAUUUUCAUCUGUAAAUACAGAACAAAAAUAUUCAUUGAGGCAGUCAGCUAGACCUUUAUCCUCUUCUACAUACCUUCCUUCUUUUGUUUUUAAUCUAACUAAUCCUUGUUUUACUUUUCUUUUCUCAUUUAUGUAUCUAAAAAAUGUUUUAUCCCCCUUUUUUACUGACUGUGCUAUUUUCUCUUCUGUGUGUGAUUUGGAAGCUCUUAUAACUUGCUUAGCCUCUUUCUGCCUAAUCUUAUAGAUCAUUUUGUCUUCCUCACUCUGGGUUUUUUUAUAAUUCCUAAAUGCUAACUUUUUGUUUUUAACUAUUUUGGCCACAUCUGCGGAGUACCACAGUGGUUUCUUGAAUUUUUUGCUUUUACUGACAAGCCUAAUGCAAUUUUCUGUUGCCUUCAAUAGUGCAACUUUUAAAUAAUCCCAUUUCUCUUGGACUCCAUUUAAAUUGCUCCAGUCUGAUAAUGACUCCUCUACCCAUAUUCUAAUUUUAGAAAAGUCUGUUUUUCUAAAGUCUAAAACUUUUGUUUUUGUGUGGUGUGACUCAGUCACUGUUCUUAUAUUAAACCACACUGACUAAUGAUCACUGGAUCCUAAACUUUCACCUACAGUAACAUCUGAUACCAAAUCUCCAGUAGGAGUCGGCUAAAGACCAUACUGGCUUUCAGUUUGCAGUACCAGUUUGUCCUGUGGGAAUCUGAAAUAAAAUGUAUGUGUGUAAAAUAUAUUUUUAAUAUUACAGUCAAUACAUAAAAUGCAAUAAAUUAGAGUAGCCCUCUCCCUCUAAUACCAAGACCCACCCACCCUGUACAAACCUUGCGUCCUCUGUCCACUUUGUAGAAUACUCUGUAAUGUAAAUCGCACUUUAUUCGUUUCUCACUGCCCUUUCUGAAAUGAUUAUAGACUUGUGUCCAUGCCUAACUGCUGCCCGUGAUAGGAAACACGAGAAUUGGUUGAAGUCAGCCGUUAUGGGAGUUCGGAAAUGAAGGGAGUGCUAAAAGGGAAUCCAGAGAUUGAUGAAAUUAGUGUAUUGCAUGUAGUUAUUUUAUUAUAUAGACAAUGCACAGAAGUAUUCUCCUACAAUGAUCAUAAAGCUGCACAGAUGAGAAGCAUUGUGUGCUUCAGGCAGACACUUUACACACCCGUCCAUCCAGGUCUAUUGGCUGUGAUCUUCCUCUAAAUCUCUCCAGCCCUGGUCCUGUGAUUGGCUGAGACUCUAAUUGCAUGGCUUUCUACAUUAACCACUUGGACAACAGUGAAACAGGCAGCUCGGAAUUGUUAUUAAAGGCAGAAAUAAAAUAUACUUGUCUCCUAAACUAGACAUCCUGCAGACGAAAGAUUGUAGGCAUAGGGCAGCGUUCCAUCUACAUUGUUCUAGUAGAACUUCUAGCAAAUAUAUAGAUUUGAAACCGUGUGAAAAGAUCUAUUCCCUAGCAAUGCCUGUCACUCAGUUUCUCACUAUACCGAGCCACACAGACAGCAAGGCAUCUACGCUGAGAUAUUGGUGAUGAGAGCAGAACCAACUUACACACUGUUCCACUCUUUCCGCUGUCUCAGCAACUAUAGCAAAUGUGCUGUAGUUCAUGUGAUUAUUUGUCUGGCGAUUGCAUCUCCAUAAGGGCUGAGACCGAUAUCAGUCCGUUCAGUCUUCAGUGUGAAAGUAAAGUAAAUUAAUAUAAAAUGAUAUGUUGAUAUUAGAAAUUACACAGAAUUUGUCAUUGCUGGUUACCUUUGGUCAUUUGGUGAUAUUUUAGUUUGUUUGAACAUGUUUAUCUGUUUAUACAGUAUUUUAACAUGUUUAUCUUGACUGCAAACAUAAUAUUCAAUAGUUUUAGUGGAAAGAUUCAAAUUUACAGAGUAAAACAAUGUCCCCCCCUCCCCCCCCAAAACCGAUUCACGUACAUCACUUUAACAUGAAACACAAUGUUUUGAUUGAUGUUUUUAUCUAAUUUUUGUCUUCUACAUUCUUGGUGUAGAAAAGGUCGAAGGGCAAGCCGUAGUGAUACCUAGAAGCAAAGAAGAUGUCAAAGUUGCCAACUUGGAAAUACAAUCAGAAAUCAAACAAGCCCCUCUGGAAGAAAUUGGAAAAAAUGUUGAAACUAAUGAGAGAGAAGUUAAGCAUGUUGUGCCCCAAGAGCUACCAGCUGAGGUUAUGCAGGAGAAUGAGAAAAUUGUUCCCCUGAAUAAACAGGUAAAGUUGGUGGUGACAGAGAAUCGUAGGAAUGAAGAACCUGUAGGAGUUCAGAAAGUACAGGUAGAACCCAUUCAAAAUACAGAUCAUGCUCCAGUACCAGAAAAACCAAAACAGCCUGUUUUAAAACCAUUGGUGCAGAAUCCAGUUCCAGAAGACCGAGAACCACUGAAGGACCAAGACAAAGGCCUUCUGAAAAAGGAAGAUCUCAAUCUACACAGAACUCUACAUAAAUCAAAAGAGUUAAAAAUUGAGUCUGACUUGAAGGACAAAAUCCAAGUGCAGGAACAGCCAACAGAGGAAAAACAGAAAGUGAAACCCGCAGGAGUUGAACUGCAGAAGAAAGCUAAGCAGGUGGAAAAAGACGAGGGGGGAAUAGUCCAAGCUGAAGUUCCCAGAGAGGAUCAAGAUGUCCAGAAACAAAACCUAGCCAUCAACCCACGAGCAGAUGAAAACAAUCCUCCUGUGGAAGUCAAAAAGCUUGCAGAAGACCAGAAAGUUGCAGAAAAGGAGAUUAAAGAGGGCAAGGUAGACGAAACACAAGAGCAUGAUCAGGGUAAACCAAAUCGAGACCUGAAGCUCCAAAAUGAUCUGGAUCUGAAGAGGAGGAAAAGAGACCUUGGAGAAGAGGAUAAAGAACCACAAAUCAUUAACUUGGAUCCCGUCCCAAACUUUAAGGUUAAUGACCUACGUGGAGCCCUGGAAACACGGCUCAAUCAGGCAGCCGAGGGGGUACUUCAAAUUGUCCACAGCCGGCAAAUCAAACAGCUAAUAGAGGAAGAGAAGCAGAGAUGAGCAAGUUCUGACUUUUUGACUAUUGAAAGAGCAAGUCCUGCAAUUAAUCCUUAGGACCACAUACCAAAGAGGCCUUCAGCUUUGUGUAGCUCAAUUUUGUUGUAGGCCUAAAUAUAUUGAUUCUUAGAUGGAAUAGCUCUUUCCUACCCAAAACACAGCCGCAUGGGAAAUGUGUUUUCUGCAAAUGAUCUCAUAAGAAUAAAAGGGAAACUGAUUUAUUAACCUCCCUCCAGCAUGGACUCCAAACAUCCUUACAAGAAAGGAGACAGCCCUAGUAACAAUCAAACUAUAUUCUCCCCAUUCUUUAUUCAGUAGUAACUGGACCUGGCACCAAGUAAUUGGGCUUGGUACAAGCAAGAUAGGAAUUGAAAUGCUUACAUAUUUUUUAAGAAGCCCCGUUAAUUCUAACCGUAUGCUGCAAAUCCACACCAUUCCAAGUGUAAUAACAAAUCUUGUUCUCUCUCAGACUCCAUAAUGAGGAGUAGCUGUGGCCCACAAAUUAGAAUUCCCAGUACUGGAGGAGUACAGCUUUCUAAGCAGCAGGGGGCAGUGUACUUUAAAAGGAAGACAAUAAUGGAAUAAAUAGGUUCUGUUUAAAGAUUAAAAACCUAUUUUGUUGACAUGUUUCACUUGCUAAGUGUGUAUUCAGAUUUUAGCUCCGCUUUGUUUUAUCAUUCUCCUAACUUCUAACGUCUCAUCAAUAAUUCUGUAAAAGCAUGCAAUUUAAGAUGUGAUUAUGAGAGGAUUUUACAUGAUUGAAAGGAUACAGUUGUGCAUUUUCUUAAAAAGUUGCAUUUUAAAACCAAUUCACUGUCAUUUUACCAUUCACACUGAUAUCUCGGCUGACUUUAGAGGGGGCAAAAUGCCUUUAGAUAUCGAAUCAAAGUCCCCCCCAGUACCCGUGGGAACUUUAUAUCCACCCGAAGCACAUCUCAAACAGGUAUAUCUACUAAAGGCAGAAUUCAGGAUGAAUUUCAAAUGCAAGGUCAAAAAAACAAGCAAACUGGAAACAUUCUCUAAGUUGGCUGUGCUUUUAAUUUGGCUACUUUGGCCUUUGGAAUUCCCUUUAAUUCUCUUUUUAGUAAAUAACCCUGUACAUUCCACUGGUUUAUAUGAAGCCAGACUGGAAGAAGUAGAAAUUGGUAUCAGGAUCCCUGCUGCCAGAGAGCACUGACGUGAAUAUAAAAUGUAGCACAAAGUUUGAUUGUACAUCAUAUAGGACCAAUGUGUUAAAUCAACUCUCCAAGCACUAUAACCACUACAACUCAUUGUAAAGGUGUAGUGGUUAAGACGCAUGGAGUUGAACUGUUUUAGACGUGUUUGUUUUCUUACCGUGUAUUUACCAGGAACCUCUCUCUGCCUCCACUACUGAUAAUGGAGACUUGAUGUAUGAGAGGUAUUCCAUAUUGGUGUCUUAAAGCCAUGGUUUGAAAUAAUGCGAGUGCUGCACCAUUUGUGGGGUAUUUUAAGUGAACCCAUCAUAAAGAGUUUACUUUAAGUGCUAAAUUUCCUGAAGCACUAUUAAAAAUGACCCCCUCUUCAGCACUGCCACCAUGCCUGGUUUCGGGGUGUAAUCUAAGUGACAACUACCGUCUGUUCCCUCAUAACUCUUGUUGGAGGGUUCUCCUGCUGAAGCCUGUGAAUCCUUCACACUAGAGGGCAAUGGUUUUGGUAUAGCUGUGAGCACCGAGAAUUGAUUGACAGGCGAGGACAAGGCCAUUUAAUUAAAAUAUUUAUAUAUGCUGUCUUUGAAAUGUAAUGCUGUUUGAUAAGUGUAUAAAUCCAGAGUUUAAUGAAAGGUUCACUUUAACAGCAGUCAAAGCUCACAGGUAUUUAUAUUGAGAUCUUAAAAUACUCCAACUAUUAAUAAAGCAUCUCUGAUGAGCUCCAACUCAGCCGCUGUUUUGCUGCGUACAUUGUAGAUCUUUGUAAUCCAUUCGUUUGAAAUAAUUUUCUUUUUUUCAUUGUACAUUGUGAAAAGCAAGUUGCUACCCAAUCUGGUGUCUAUUUUCCUAAUUGUGAAAGUAAAUGCCGACAUGACAAUGUGCUAAUCAGCAUUCCCUUAUUCACAGGCCACGUUUCUUGGAUAAUAUUUGAUUAUUUUAUAAGACAAAGCGUAAAGAUUAUGCAAGCUGCUGGAAUAGCAAGACAUUCUUAUAAUAAAAAGAUCUGAUAAAUAGACUGCAAGAAAAAUGUUUUUCCUAAUACUGUAAAUUUCUUCAAGGAAUACACCAAGCUCCAUAAUCUCUAUGGCACGCCGUAAUGAUGGUGCUAAGAGUGCCCACCCACAGUAAUUAGUCCGGUCUUACCUGGGAUCUGCUGUGUAGCUGCAUUCUCCUCAUUUGCAGCUGGAAUUUUGAUUACUGAGCAAAGCCCGACUGUGUAGGGGCACAGGGGUGGUGACAGGCAUCGUGGAUCCAAGGUUAAUUACCCUGUUGUAAUAACUACUUACUCUGGGAGGUUACAGGGACAUUGGUGACAUAGCUAGUACAGCAGUAGGAUGGUGGUUAUGGUACUUUUAAAUAUCUAAAGACACACGAGGUACAGUAAUGUAGGUUUUGAGAGACUUUAGAUUAAAGGCUGUGUUUGGUUGGGGGAUUUAAGGAAAGUUGGUGCUUGCCUUCAAGGUCCCAUUGACUGUGAAUCCUAUCACUCUCAAUGAUGGGAGUUACUGUUCACUGCAGCUCAAAAGCAACACACCCCAAAUCCUAGCCUCUAACUGGAACACCCCCUUAAUCUAAAUCCCUUUAACAUUACUUCAUUCUAAACACUCAGGCCUCAAUUUUAUAUAUUUGCAGAAGCUUUUCAAACUAUUUAAUAGUAUGAAAAAUAUUUCAUCGAUUUUUAAUGAUUUUAUGUAAUAUAUUUUUGAUACUUUGAGACUUCAAAUAAAUGUUUAAAAGUGUAUUUGAAAAUAUUAAAUCAUUUAAAAAGUUUAUCCAACGAUGGGCUUUAGCGCUUACCUACCCUAGGUAGCGAUAAGACAUCCGAUCAUGAUGUUGUAUUGCAGAUAGACUAAUCCCUAUGGAAUACCAGGUUCACAGUCACAAAUUAUAUUCAUUACAAAUCCAUGCAGAGCAAUAGUCAUUUGUGGUAAUAAAUAAUUGUCUAACAUUUUGAUGGUAUUUGAAGAAUCCCUAUGUAAUGUGCCACAACAGAGUUUAUUCUCUAAACAUUUACUGUAAUUUAUUAAUAAUAAAAUAAGGAGCAAAUAGUUGGAAAAAUUCUUCAACUCCCCUACAGUCACCGUUUGGCUCUUAAAGCCUGAUUUAUUGCAAUAUUCCUUUCAGUUCACAAUUUGUUUUGUAAUUAAUGUUUGGGUGCUGCAUGUUAAUGCUGUUUAUUUCUUUGCUAGUGUCUUAUAAAUAAUGUUAUAGUUUAAAAGAUUCAUUCAUCCCUGACCAAACUGGCCCAAGAUGUGAUCAUUUCACAAAAUAUAAUGGAGUUCACUUUCCCAGCUGAGCCCACUAAACAAAGCCAAGGGGUGGAUUUAUAGGGUUUGGAACUGCAGCUUUCCUGGUGAACAGAAUGACUCUGGCACAGUUUUUACGUACAAUUCUACCCAUUAAUUUAUUGUGCCAGCAUCCUGUGCCAUUUAAGAUUGGAGACCUUGCACGGACAAUGUUCUGAACUGUUAAGUGCCUUAGUACAUUGAGAGACCUGUCAUAUAGAUUGAUUCCAUGUCUGUUUGGUUACAUGUUUCAGCCUAAUCUGGCAUAGCUGCAGAUUCUGUGUGUGUAUGUUUGUUCAAUAUAUGCAAUAUGCAAAUAGUUUUUGUUCACAAAAUACAUUCUGUAUAUUUAAUGUCAGCUAUGUAUUUCCUACAUGAUUGGCUGUACUGUCAUAAUUUAUUGCUGUAUAACUCCUGUAAUUAAAUGGCAUUAGAAAAGCUGUAAUAGGUCUGUGCCCUUCAGAAUAACUAUAGCAUUAUGUGAUAUGGUGUUAGCCAGGGGUUUCUGACAGUGGCAACUCCUGUUUACUGUUGCUGCCAUGAACCAGGAUUUGGUUGGGAGCUUACACUUCGUGCGGAUGAGCUACCAGUUUCCUUUCUUUGCUCUAAAUAAUAUAACGUCACAACUGCAUCAUCUGCGAACCGAAAAUAUGUAACCGCUAACGAGAGGGGGGCCAGCUGCCUGCAUAUAACUCACAAAUGCAUUUCUAUAGAUGUACUCGUGUUUUAUAACAUUCUUAUUUAUAAAGUCUGGCCUACAAACGGCACACAUUUAUAGGAGAUCCUCUCUCUGUGAGAAACUGAACAUUGUUCAUAUACAGCUGCUCCUUCCCUUUACAGAAAUCCAACCGGUAUACGGAGGACCAAAGAUGCUUUUUUACACGGCCCAAACAACAGACUAUAUUAGUUAAACUGCACUAGAAUCGAUAUCCAGCAGUUUAUUUUAACAUUGAAAUAAAUGUGUCUGACAAUGAGGUACAUUAAUAAAGAUUUAUAUUUCAUUAUAUCUGUGUUAUUGUUCUUUUGUUUGUACGCGUCGUGUGGAGUAAUAACACAUCCCGAUCUCACAGGCCGGAAUCUCCAGAAUUACUUCAUAUUCCUCUUCAUCUGGAAGAAGACAACACAAUUACACAUUACAGUUUCAAAAGUAAAACACUAAGCACAAUUCAAAAUAAUCGUCACAGCAGCGCUAACUAUUGGGUCGCUCCUCUCCUCAUGGCAGAGAUGACAAUUGUCUAAUCAGUAUAAAAAUAUUAUCUUCAAGCAGGCUGGCACUUUUUCCUGUUCACUGCAGUUAGGAUUGAACUUUAUUUAGCAGGAUACGAAUAAAUAUAUAUUUAUUUAAAUUAAGGAACAACGUAGUCACCUAAACAGUGACUAAGGUACUAUAGGGUUAAGA